GCCAAUUUUUCUUUCCAGGGAAGGUCCCUUGCGGCGCAUGCGCAAUACCUCCCCUCCUCCUGUUGAGUGAAUGUAGCGUCGUGGCGACGUCACGGGAGAGUCCCGGAUGUGUCAGGUCAGGGCGCUAUGAGGAGACCACAAGGGGACGGUCGCAGCUACCGCAUAUCGCUGUCAGGUGAGGUGGAAAGGGCGGCGGAUGUGGCUCGCCGUGCCGUAGGGACAAAGGGAGACGUAUAUUAACGGCCGCGGGCGACCGGCCGCAAGAUAAUGAGCUGGAAAGGCCUGACGCAGGGAGAAGGGGCGGGGCAGAGAGAAAGAAGCCUCGGGCGAGAAGUGCGCAUGCGCGCGCCGUGGGGUUUCUGUGCCGCUGGAACUGCAGGCGCAUGCGCCUUAGGUUCAAACGGUUGCCGGGGAGCUGCGCAGGCGCCUUACUGUGCGCUCGGCGUCGUGCGGGAGAAGGAGGCGCAGGUGAGGUCCAGGGCACGCAUGCGGCGCGAAAAGUUUUGUAGCACUCCGCCCCACUGCGCCUGCGCAAAGGGGAGUGGAAGGGCAACAGCCACAUCCUGCAGCUUCCUGGCUUCCCUUCUCUCAUCUCCUCUCCACCCCCCCUCCCGUACCUCCUAUCCCUUUCCUGUUGCGCUUGCGCAUAAUGUUGCUGCAGGGGCCUUGCGGAAUAAUGAUCCUCCGCAGCUGCGCAAGGGGGAAAGAAUUGCAAGAGGAGACAUGCUGCCAAAUAGUGAGCCGCGAGUGCUGUUGCUAAGCUUUCACAAGGGGAAAGGAAGAAGGGGGCCAGGAAUGAUGGUGGAGUAGAGAGGGAGGGGGUUGUCUUUUUUUGCCUACGUUAAUACCCCACUCACCUCACCUGCCUGGGUCACUGGCCUACUACCCCUGAUUAUUCUGAUAGCGAACAAAGUGGCAGAAGUUACUUACUGAGGCCAACAGGUAAGAGCUCCAUCCUUCUGAUGCACCCCCACCCCCUCUAACUGAAUGAUGGAAAAAGUGGUUGGGAGAAAUAGAUCUGUACUCCUUACGUUAAUAAAGGAAUUGUCUGGAGAGGCGGCGUUUGAUCCUUGAAACCUUGACUGGGAUCUUGUAUGGUCCAAUGAGUUUUGGUUUUGGAUUUGGGAGACAUGGUGUGAAAUCACUGGUAAAAGACUGGAGGGUGGGGGAGAAAAAAGCCAGGUAGUCUGUGGGUAAGGGCUUCUACUUCCCACACCUGUUAAAAUGGUAAUGAUAGCAUCAAGUUUUUGUUUUGUUUUUUGUAGGGAUCGGAAAGUUUAGGAUCAGAGAUCAUGCCAAUGAAUGGGUGGGUGUGCCCUGUGACAGGUUUACAUGAGUUGGCUUUUGAGUUCCCUCUCUUGUUCUAAAAUCUCCUCCACCACACAAGUCAGUUGGAGUUGUGGAAUGUGUAAGUUUACUUUUGAAAACUUAGAGCCUUUGAGGUGGAGAGAGUUAGAAAACAAAAUAGAGGCCCUUUUCGUAUACUUUGCCGCCCCGUUCAUUGAUCCAGCAAAGAGUGAUAAUUUUCAUGAUGAAUGCGGUGCAGUGAGUUCGAUUCUGAAAGGAAGAAAAAGAAGAGAGGCUUAAUAGUUAUUUCACAGUUUAACUUACCAUUACUCCCAGAGGUCUUGAGAGAGCAGAUAAAUGGACUAACUAGAUUAAGAAUCAAAAGUGGCUCCUGUGUGGUAGUUGCAUAUGAGAGAGAAUUUUUUGCAGCUUCAGCUGUCACAGUCUUCUAGUAAUGGGUAAAGCUGCAGCUGCUGAAAGUUUUUCUGCUCUGCGGCUGCUGAAGACAUAGGAAUAUCUUCUCCUGUAUUGAAACUGACCAUCGUAACAUCUGGACAAACCAUCAAAUACAGAAGUUGUCAGCACCUCCAGUCUUUGUUGUUGCUGUGCCUUUUUUUGACUUACAAAAGUGCUGCCUUGCUUAUGUUGUUGUAGCACCUAUGUAACUCAUCCAAAUUGUUUUCAAACCAUCUGGAGGCACAACCAAAAUAAGCAACUGAGUGUACUUAAUAAAGGGUUGUGUGCAAAGCAAACUGAUAAUCAGGAGAUUUUAGACUUUUAAGCCACCCAGUCCCCAAAAGUUCUGAAUGUAUAACAGCAUUUAAUAUUAAAAAGGCUCCAUUUGGACAUACCCUCCACGAAAAACCCCCAAACCCACACCUGUUAACAUUCGUUACUCAUUCAUAUGACCACUUGGCUAAACAAAGAUCGUCCAUCACUUGCCACUUGCUAAAUAUUUUGAGACUUAGGCUCUGAUGGUACUUCUGGGAAGAGGACCAUAACUAAGACGUGAGUGUGAAAUCUCUUAGUGUGCCUUACCAUGGUAUUUUGGCAUACUUCUUUGGAGAAAGCUUAGCUCAGUCAGUUAUGUUUGGAAGUGGGUGAGAGUAGAGAGAAACCUAAGAGUAAAGUGUUACUGGAACAAGGAGUUGAUGGAAGAGAUGAUGAUGUGCUAGCAUCACGCCAAAUCACUCUUGUCAGCAUUUCUCACCAAGCUGUGAGGGGAUUUAUGGGUAAGUUACCAACUGCAUGGCAUGCAGAGAGGGUGGGAGUGAUAAGUUAAAAGCAGGGUUUUUAAAAAAUAGCCACUCAACUAGGCACCCAUGAUGGGUAUGAAUUGCUUCCAAGUGAUCAGGCAGGGAAGUUUUUGUAAAGUGGUUCUUAUUUUCUUUUCAGCCAAACAUCAUUAACAUUGACAUGUGUGGGCAGCAAAGCUAGUGGGGGGGAAAUAGUGUGAACUAGUAAUUCGGUAAAGUUAUUUGGAGGACUGUCUUAAAAGGUCUGGAAUAAUGGCUGCUGUACAGGAGUAGGUUGCCUGUUCUGUGGACCGCUCAUGAGCCAGGGAUGUUCCAAGCUAAAAGCUGUGUUGUAAAAUGGUGGGCUUACAACUACCAAAGCAUCAUUCAAAAAUCUAUUCAAAGUGGGAAGUCAGUUGGCCUAGAGAAUGUAGAAUUCCCUUUGGCAUAUUAGGAAACAGAUCAGUGUCGGUGGCCUGAACAUUCCGAGGUACAUAACAGACCAAACUGAAGGUGCCUAACUUUCUGGGUGGCAGCUCUCACCCUUCUCCAAACAUACUAUAAGAAAAGGAUGGGGCAGGGGGUUAAGAGGAUGUUGGAAUUUGUGUUAGAAACUCCCCAGGCACGUUUUCUGACUGGAGCUGCUCCAGUUGUGACCACAUGGAGAUCUCUGGUUGCCAGGUUGGCGACUGACAUCUCCAGCUGGCUGGCCUCUCCAGCUUUCUUAAGCAGAAGACCUUAUUUAUUGCGUUAAUAUCCUACCUUUUUCUCCAGGGGGUACAUGGUUCACUCCUCUCCUCAGUCAAUCCCUACAAUGACCCUGUGAGGUAGGUUAGGAGGUUAUGACUGGCCCAAGGUCACCCAGUGAUUUUCAUGACUGAGUAGGGAUUAACCCGGGUCCUAGUCCAGCCACUAUAUCACACUGGCUUCCUAGGGUACUUCUGCUAUGGGGCAGCUGGAGAUAUAUAUAUAUAUAUAUGGAAAGCAAAAUGCCCCUUAGAGAAGGAUCUGAAAUAUUUUACCUUGAAUGUUGAAUUUUUUUUUUCUGGAUUGUUUUAUUUGAUGUAUUAAUGUGCUGUGUGUAAACUGCUUUGAGAUUUUUUUCUUUAAAAUAUCAAAUGGUAUAGAAAUGAAAAGAAGAAUAAAUUUCAUGGGGGGGGCAAUAGGGCUUAGACAUUCUGUUGUGGCAACUGUAACCUAGGUUUAAGGUGCCAUUUGGCGAUUAGCUUAUUUAUCUGAGUUUCUAACACUGCUUGGAACAGAAACUCGCCUGAAAUGCUUUCCUUUUAACACCUGAUACAGAGAGCUAUUGCAGAAGUUUCACAUGCUUUAUCUGCUUCUGUGCUGUACCAUUUGAGGCUGUAUGUGGAAUCAAAUGUUUGAAUACUCUCCCGCUUAAAAGAAUAGGCCCUUCACAUUCAGUGCAAGCGUGUCAGGGAGAAGACUAGCUUAUAAUCUCUUCCCUGAUAUAAUAGUUCUGAAUGUGUUGUAGAGUAUUUUCUGUGGGGAAGCAUUCAGGCAUUUAAUCCUCAUCUGCAGUCUGAAAUGAUACAGCCCAGCAACAUAGACAGGUUAGACACCUGUCCACAUGUGUAAUCUCUAACAAUUGCCCUGGGCAGUUGAACAAGCUGCCUUAAUGGAGAAUUGGUCAGUGAAUGCCAGUGAUGUAAGUCAGGAGGCGUUGGGGAAGAACGUGACCUCCUCUGAGGAAGGUUUGCCUUAUACUUUGAGAACCACCACCGUUUUAGGUGGUUGUUGAGUCCAGAUUGAGGGACAGUAUAAUCCAGAUUGUCCCUUCCACUGAUCUGUUAGACCCUAGCAUGCCAAAAUUGACGGGAUGAUCCUUGCCCGCCCAUCCCAAACUUCAGAACAAAAUAUUUUUGAAUGUUUUAUGUACCAUAGUAACUCAGCCAGUUACUAAAGGGAGGUGAUUGGGCAAGGAAGCGUUUGUGAAAUCUAAAACAGUAGUUGAUCUAGCCAUUGAUAUGAUAGAUAUAACUAACCUACAUACAGUGGCACCUCGGGUUAAGUACUUAAUUCGUUCUGGAGGUCCAUUCUUAACCUGAAACUGUUCUUAACCUGAAGCACCACUUUAGCUAAUGGGGCCUCCAGCUGCCGCCAUGCCGCUGGAGCACAAUUUCUAUUCUCAUCCUGAAGCAAAGUUCUUAACCCGAGGUACUAUUUUUGGGUUAGCGGAGUCUGUAACCUGAAGCGUAUGUAACCUGAAGCGUAUGUAACCUGAGGUACCACUGUAUAUGGAAAGGCAGACUACUAAUUUUUUUUUUUAGGAGCUGCCAUCUAAUUUACAAGAACUUAUGCUAAGCCAUGCGAAUACAGUUUUGCUAAGAUGGUUCUUGUAACUGAAAUUCAAGCAAAUUUGCGGUGAGAGCUACAGUUUUGAAAAAUAAGGCCUGCCCUGCUGCUAGUACUUCCUAUUUAUCAAUCUGAGAAUGCUUCUCAUAAUUCAAACCGCUCCAUAGCCUUUGCACUUCCAAGAGACCUGGGAGGGGAGAUUUUUGCUGCUUGCCUUUUCUAGAUAGGAAAUGGAGGUUGAGAGAUAAGUGACUUUACUCAAGACCACAAAGUUGCUGUGUUCAGACGCAGUGCUAGGCCGCAUAGGAUGGUUUGUUUAAAAUACUAUGCACAAGCUGCAGCCUGCAGCUUGAGCUCCCCCACUUUGCUGCUCUCAUACCACAGAGCAGCUGGCUUAUAGCAUUGAAUCCAAAUCAGCACUUGGAAGUUUCUCUCCAGAUCAGCUAUGAUUGGGAAACCAUAGUUUUCCCCUUGGCUUCCCAGUUGUGGUUUAUUUGGGAGAAACACCUGCUGGUUCAGGUGCAAUGCUGAACUAUCUGUUCUGUGGUUUGCUUGACUGAAGGAGGUGAGAAACUGGAGCACUCUGACCUGCUUGCCUCACCACACAGUUUGCGCCCGGUGUGCUUAAGCAUAUGCUAUUUUGUGGCUUAGCAUUGCACCCAAAUGUAGCUGAGGUGAGCUUUAAUCUAUAUCUGACUGCUUUGUUCACUCGAUUAUACAUCCACCCCCCUGCCCUAAAUACAAUAAAUGGAUUGGAUCAAAUCCUAUAGUUCUGUUAACUUAACAGAUGUGUAUAGUUUGGUUCUUUCUGUGUCUGUGUAAUUAGGGCUCCCCGUGGAUAUACAAGCAGCAAACCUUGGUAAGUAGAUAUGGCAUAAAUCAAAGAUGGGGAAGUGGAUUCUGUUGGUGGGCUGGAUCCUUAUGACCCCUACACUCUACUGGCCAAGUUUGACAAGAGGGCUGGGCUGCCCACAUGCCAGUCAUCUGAUGCCACAAUGGCAUUAGAUGACCCAUUUUUGUCAAUGCAGUUAGAGGUCAAACCGCGUGUUGGCAAAGGCACUGCAUUUUGCAUACACUGAUGAACAGCUGAUUUUCAGUUCUUGGAAAGUGCUGUGCAUGGGGCUUUGCACAAAACUUUGAUAGUGGUGGUGCUGCUACCGAUCAGUGGUUGCAGACCCCCUUUCGGCCCAUCCGUGUCUACACCUGCCAGGUGUUAAAUAUGCUUGGCCCUGUUGUGGGCCCAGUGGAGAAGCCUAGCAUCAGUUCACGUUUUAGGGCAUGGCUUUGGUGGUGUGACUUGUCUGAUAGAUCUAAUAGAGUAGUAAGAUCCCAUGCCGUCCCUUUCCAAAGUUCUGCAUUUUGUGUCACUGUUCUUGAAGAGUCUGUGCUACAGAAAAAUCAGGUGUUUUGUUGCUUGCCUCUUAUUGUGAGAUCAAGGACUACAGUAAUUAAAUUGCUUUAGGCAGUAGAGCGCUAGAUACAUUGUGGCCUGCAAAUGAGAUAACACCAGAGGCUUUUAAAAGUUUGCUAAAAAAUUUUUUUUAAAAAAGCUUUACAUGCUAAACUUCCUUUUCUCCUGCUCAUUACUACUGGCCUAACAUAAUGGUGACUUCUAAGUGCUGCCCUCUCCCUGACUACUGUGAGUUAUGAUGGCAACCCUCACUACUAAGUUGCAUGAUAUUAUAGCGCUUACACUGGGUAGGAUAAAUGAAAAAUGCAUGGGCAGGAAUUGUUGGUCAGAGGAAAAAUAAUGGUGGCUACUAAGGCCUGUUGUAGUGUCCUUGCAGUGAGCUCCGCCUACAUGGUGUGAUCCCACCCCAACAUAUUGGCCUGCUGUUGGGGGCUACCGUUCUCUUACCCAUAGCUACUCAUCUACUGCCUGGGAACAGUUGAAAGAUAAGAUUGAGGGAUAAGUAGCAUGACAGAUUAACCAUUCAAGCCAUCCUGUGUCAUACAAGUGGCUGUAUUGGCAAGGGGUGUGUGUGUGUGUGCUCUUCUAUACCUGUCCAGGAUCUCUUUUUUAGAGAAAAGCAGGGUGAUUUUGCAUUCCAUUAAAAUAAGUAAACAGGCCAAAAAACAAACAAACAAACAAAACAAAAAACAACACCAACCAAAAUAAAAAACCAACCCUGACUGGGAAUGAUUUCUGUUGUGACUCAUACAUAUUUCAGAAAGGCUAGAAAGCUAUUUGCCAAGGAUGCAUUCUUCUUGAGUUUCUACUUGCCUUCUGCACUGCAUUUAGAUGUGGAAAUGCUCCUAGUCCUAGAGAAUUGGAGAUGUGCGAAUUCUCAAGGAGCAUUGCACGUAUUCUCACUAGUGUAGAGUAGGCCUGGGCGAGGUAUCAAUACAUUGCCUGAAACCACAAUUUAAAGUUAAAAUCAUGAGACUGAUUUCGGAAUUUCCGAUCCGGCAGUGUAUCCCGAAUCCCCCCAGCCCUCCUCACAGCCAACACCACACACUUCAAUCAGGCCACAUGAUAGUCGCCUCUGCUAACCCACUCCCUCCCUCCGCAGCCCAGCCGCCAGCCUAAAAAGUGUGGCUUGCCUGCCAGCCAGCCAAUGCCUUCAUUUCUUUCCCUGGCUGCACAAGCACUGGCAGGCUACCUCCUCCCUCUGUUCCUCCUUGCGCCAAGCGGGACCGUGCCGCAGCGAGCCUAUCGUAGGAGUGAGCACUCCACCUGGCGUGGCACCGCCCACCUAGCCUUGCCAGGAAGAGGCAGAAGCUGUUGCAAGGUGAUGCCAAACAUCUCUGACCAGCAACUGCCUUCUUCCUCCCCGCCUCUUUUCUGACAUCUUAAUAUACCGCCAUACCGCGAAGUUUAGCUAGCAGGAUAUUACGAUGUUGGAAAGCAGAUAUCACCCAGCCCUAGUGUAGGGAAAAUCUAGCGCUAGCUAACUUGUUUAAUAAUAAUAAUAAUAAUAAUAAUAAUAAUAAUAAUUUAUUAUUUAUACCCUGCCUAUCUGGCUGGGUUUCCCCAGCCACUCUGGUCUGGGCAAGAGUUUUAGAUUUGUAGCCUGGCUCAUCAAAAGGCUUUGGGAAGGGACAUCUUUUCAUACUAUUAAACAAGAAUCAUGUUCUGGGAGCCCACAUUCUAAACGAGUGAAAGCCAAGAUGUCCAACUUCUUGGCUGUGGCUCUACUAUAAAUAACUCACAACUUGUCAGCUCGCCCCAGUUCCAGCCUCCUCCUGCUACAAUAUAGAAAGAGAUAAAUGCCCAUUUAGUUAUCCCUUAAUUGUGAUAACUCUUCUCCCACUCGCUUCAAAUACUUCUGUAUUGGGAAGGCAAAGUUGAUAUAGACCCUCCGCUGGGACCAGUUAGUUCAGCCAGCCAGAACAAACAUUAUUUAGUUUAGAUUAACUUGCCCAGUCAAGAGGGCUCUGUACAGGUAUCAGCGCUUGAAAUAAAACCAAUACAUAAAAUAAAAUUGCCUCCUUGCUUGCCUCCCCUCCUGCUGUCUCUCCUUUUCUCCAGUCAGUUGGAAAUGCCUUUGCUAAAUCCAUCUUUCUCCAAUUGCUGUGAUCACAAUAUCCUUUUCCGUCAGCUCUCUGUACUUUGGCUACUCCUCACAGAUCUGCUGCUUCAAUCCUUCCACGUAUCUCCCUGAACCUGGAAGUUCUUGCUGCCAAAUGAAUUGUGGUGGGUAACCACCACUGAGAGGUUGUGAAAUAACCUUACCUGGGAGACUUGCCUGGUGUCAUGGUCUUUUCUGGGCCAGGUGAAGACCUCUUUGUUCAUCCAGACCUUUAAAUACCUUAGCCUCAGGCUCUUUUUCAAACACUGUUUUAAUUUGGAAUGUGUCUGCUGUCCUUUCGGUGUGGUAUUUAUGUAGGUCAUCCGACUUAAUUGUUUUAUUUUCCUUUAUAUUUAUUUACUUGGAAUGCCAGUUGAUUUUUUACUUAUUUAUUGUAAAGUGCCCAGACUACUUUUUAUGUUAUAGGGUGUCAUAUAGGGGUGUGUGUAUAUUUUCUCCACCUCUUUCACUUUCUCUACAUCAGCGGUUCUCAACCUGUGGGUCCCCAGAUGUUGUUGGACUACAACUCCCUUCAUCCCUGAGCUCUGGCCUUGCUAGCUAGGGGUGAUGAGUUGUAGUUCAACAACAUCUGGGGACCCGCGGGUUGAGAAAGUCUGCUCUAUGUAGUCUACUAGUUACUCCAGGGGUCAGCAAGGUUUACCUCGCCUGGGCUGGUUCACUCCAGCAGAGAUCCCUCUGUAGGCCAGAUCGCGCACAUGCCCAUGAUUUCUGGCACUGUGGAAGCAAAUCCCUGUGCCGCGUUGCACCGGUUUAGCACAGCGCGCAGGCACUCACUGAGCGGGCGGCUUGGUUCGGGGGCGGCUCGUGGGCCAUUUAAACAACCCCCGUGGGCCACUUGUGGCCAGUGAUCCUUAGGUUGCCGACCCCUGAGUUACUCUUUGCUUUUUCCUCUCUGUUCCUUCUUCCAUUCUGUUCCCUAUGCUUCCUGCACCUCCUUCAUGCAACUCCUUCAUCUCCCUUCAUUGACUGCUCUAGCAAACCUCUUUCUCAAUCACAGUUUCUCCAUCCGUAACCUCUCCCUUCCUCCUCUGUCUUGUCGAACACAUAAUGGAGUGUAAGGUCUUUUGUCAAGGUAACCACAGAAGCACGGACUCUGAAUCAAUGUGCAGUGGUAGUAAUAGGUCAUAGCUCUUCUGCAGAUGGAAAAGAAGUAGAAAUACUCAUAUGUAGCUUGCAAAAAGUGAGUUGGCUAAACGCUGCAAAAUAAGUUAGCAUGGCUAAAGGGAAAGAACUUGUGUCAAAGUCUGAACACAAGUAGGCACUAGAGAGUUGCUGUGCUUAGUUCAGAAGAAGAGCAGCAGGUUGUCCUGAAUUGAGACAUUUUGGGAAACAGCUGAAAUACUGGAGCCUUGCAGGCGAACACUUGGAGUUCUCAUCUGAGGGUAUAAAUUAAAUAUCCAUUAGGCUGCAUUCUUUUUUUUUAGCCAUGUUUAAUGAUGGUUGAUGAAAACCCUGCAAAACUGCAGGGCUUGUGAAGGACGUUUGCUUUCUUAAGCUGGAGCAACAUGUGGCUGUUAUAAUAUUUUGCUAAUUAGUUAUAAAAAUAUACAAAAGAAGAAGAAUGGGAGUGGGGGAACUACACAUUGUCACCAGGUCGUGUUUUCAAGCCCCAGCUGCCUCUCUUUCUCUUUUUCGGAGUAGUAUUGAGAGAGAGUGUGUGAUUUGUACAGAAGUAGUUGUAGAUAGGAGUGGGAGUGCUUAACCCUUUCCCAUGCCCACCACUUUUGCAAUCUCCCUGUCUCCAGUGAUGAGUGUGGGAAGGCUUGAGCCCAUCUUUCCCCUUUUAUUCCCUGCAAGCUGAUCACGACCUGCCAGCAUUUUUCAGGGGAGAAGUGGCACUGACAGUUUGGGAAGAUGCCAUAUUUGCAUCUAGGUAUUUGAGGCAGGUAUCCAAUUUCUCCAUGCUCACACGUUUUAAAGGGGGAAAGCUGUGAUUUAUAUAUGCAUGUACCUGGACCUGGCACAUGGUAUCACAUGCACAUCUGAAUUGUACUUGAGCAUCAUUAACCAAGUUAAAACAGUUGCUUAAGAGGAAUGCCUCAGAUGUUCAUCUUUGUGAAUUCUCUCAAAAUGUUCCUGCAUUUGGUCCAUUGUCUUCUAUCUUUACAUAUGAUUAAUAUUACAGUCUUUGACGUGAUUCUUUAUACUUGCUAACAGUGUUUGAAAUUUGCCAGGCGCAUUUUGCACCUGACUAUUGGCCACUUGCGACCAAGUGAAGAUGCCCAGGCUCCAGAAUGGUGCCUGACGUCAGAACCAUCUGGAAGUGCAUGCCUGGGGAUCCUUGGAUCUUGACUGUUUUCACACACUAACAACACAUCCUGUAGAACUCUGUCCAUUAUAUUUUAUCUGCACAAUCAGAACGAAUUUCAGAAACCAAAAAGUUGUAUUGAAAAAUAUGAUUUUCAAGCUGUCUGACCCCAAAAUGGCAACUAGGCAUUCUGUUUUGGUGACUGCAACCCUGGCUUAAGGAGCCAUUUGGCGCCUAGCUUAUAUAUCUCAGUUUUUAACACUGGUUGCUAAGUUGAGUGGCCAGCUAGCCCAAGAUACAGGGAACUUUCUGGACUAUAUGGCUCAUUUAGUUUAGACUUAAUCUUUAAUCAGGAAGCUCUCCUUUUCUAGCUGAUUUGAACUACUAGAAACCCACUUUGGCAAGUGAAUGAGGGGAAGCCCCAUUAUUCCCCCCCCAUUUAAAUGCAUAGAAGCUGUUUUAACAAUCAAUCAAUCAAUCAACAGGCCUCCUACAAGAUUUCAGUGUCACAAAUGUUGAUCAUUCACCUGCCUGAUAUUGGCAACUGAGAGGGCUGUGUAUAGUGGUACCUCAGGUACACUUCAGAUUACAUACGCUUCAGGUUACAGACUCCGCUAACCCAGAAAUAGUGCUUCAGGUUAAGAACUUUGCUUCAGGAUGAGAACAGAAAUCGUGCUACGGCAGCAGCUGGAGGCCCCAUUAGCUAAAGUGGUGCUUCAGGUUAAGAACAGUUUCAGGUUAAGUACGGACCUCCGGAACGAAUUAAGUACUUAACCUGAGGUACCACUGUAUUAGCUACCAAAAAAUCAGUUGCUAGCGUAAAGGUUUAGUUGAGGUUCUUUAUCACUGAAAGAUUAAUAUAGUUGCCUCGUCAACAUACCCAGUUUUCCCAGUAAGUACUUGGAGAACCUGGUGAAGGCCAGUAAUUAAAGGCACACUGUCAAAAAUGAGUGUUUCCUAAGAAAUUGUUAACUUUGGAACUGAUUAUCACUGAACUCACAGAUUACUUAAAUCAGGGUUUCCCACACUGUGGUCCACGCGUUUCAUUCAGGUGGUCUGUGGCUUGUAAAAAUACAAUUCAAGAUCAUAUAGCAUCUGGCAAGUGCACCACAAUUGCUAUAAAAGGCCGAAAAAUUAUUAAGUGGUCCACCCAGACCCUCAGCAAUUUUCAAGCAGUUUAUGGGAAGAAGGUUUGGGAACCACUGACUUAAACGGUGCACAUGCAGCAGUUAUAUAGAUCUUAAUCCCACGUGAUUCCCCAACUGUAGCCUGCAACCUCAGCAACUUUAACUACAGAUGCUUGAUAUAUUGCAACUGAGGAGCUAAUUAACACCCUUUUUGUUGGCCAGGUCCAGAAGAACGUGUGCGCACACGCAGCUUCACAUAUGUGGAUCACUUUAUUACCUUCCAAGACAGCUCUGUGACGCUGAAGUUAAUGUGGCAAUCCCCACAUAAGAGCUUUUCUUAACGUUUGCUGGAGCCAGGCCAACUUCUCGCUCUGAGUCUUGUGUGUUUAAUUUUGGACCCCGCAAUCUCUUUCUUGCCAGAUAGGCGUGUUCCUUAGGGCAUUUGAGCACUUGCUGCUUAUGUUUUACUGUCUUUUCUCUUGAACUGCAGCUUGCCCUAAUAGAGCCUUCAGAUUUUUAUUUCGUAAUAAGAAAUAAGAUACAUACUGCAUGUAGUCUUUCUGGUCAUCUGUAAAGAUCCUUAUUGGGUGUGGAAUGUUAAAAGGAUGCGCUUGUCCUACUGGAGGUUUUUGUGUAACUUCACUUUGCCAAAGGGUACACUUCUGGUAAGAGGUGGUGGAAAGAAUAACUUAUUUGCUGAUGCAUUAAAGAGAGGAAUCUCUCUCUCCUGCUUUGAUUCAAGGCGUCUGCUUCUUUACUCAGUGAUCACAGUGUUACCAGGUCAUGAAUUCUGAAAACAAAAAUACAGUGUUGGGGAACCUUAAAAAUGAAGCUGAUUUUUAAGGGGCCCUAAGACUUAGUCUGUUGCAGAUAACACAACAAACAGGACCAGUGUUAGAAAUUAGCCAAGUGUGUUUUGCGACUGGCGCAGGUCCAAUUGGGACCAUGUGGAGAUCUCAGGGCUGGCAACAGGGGAAAGCAAAAUGUCACUUAGAGAAGGAUCUGAAAUAUUUUUCUUGAACCUUGAAUUAUUGUUUUAUUUGAUGUUUCAAUGUGUUGUGAAUGGCUUUGAGAUUUGUUCUAUAAAAUAUAAAGUGGGAUAGAAAUGAUGAUAAAUAAUUCCACUGCAAACAAAAAAUGGCACUGAGACAUUCCAUUGUGGCAAUCACAACCUAGGUUUAAGGUGCCAUUUGGCAAUUAGAUUAUAUAGCUGAGUUUCUAACACUGAACAUGAAUAUCAUUCCAGAAGUCAAUUGAUUGUAUUUCUUCCCAUUCAAAUGACUUGGCUUACAAACCAUAAAUAACAACAAUAUAAUGGAACAUUACAAAUACAGCAUAAAUCAUAUAAUUAACAAAUCAUCAAAACAAUUGCAAUCUGUGAAACACUAUUAACAAACCAGCAAUUAAAAAAUAAGCUAAACAUCGCAAUUACAGCCUGUCAUAUUAUAUGACUAGCAGAUAAAUAAGAUAUUUACAAAUCUAAUAAAACAAUAUUAACAAAAUAGCAACUAGAAAUAAGUUCAUACAUGCACACUCCCCCCAAUGACUCAUAAUCUUUUACUCUUUUCAGUUUAUUCAACUAAAUAUACACAUCCAUCAUACAGGAGGACCCUGAUCUAAUAGAAAUACCCCCCAGCUGUGUUUCUGCAGGAGAUUUCUCUCCAUGUAAAUAGUAGGUGUGGGGCCCUGAUCCAUUUCAGGGCUGUAGUGAAGUCAAAGCGUUGAAAGUUCAAACGCACGCACACACCAAAUUCCCAAUCCACUUUGGGGAGAUCACUCUGGAAACUUUGCUUUUGAAAGCUGCACCAAGUUCUUUCCAUGAAGUCUGAAAAUAUGUUGGCAAGGCAUGCAUGUUUAGAGUCAAAUGUGCUCCAUGCUGUUACCUUCCAUCUGUCCUUUUGGUUUGGUUCUUUCCGCUUUGCAACUACAUUUGGUUGAGCUGUAUUCCCUGCUGCUCCAAGAAGGGUGAAACAUGGGCAUCUUUUAGCCACCAAGAGCAGCCAAAAGCAUUGCCGCCACCGAACAUCAUAGGUUGCUGCUUCCAUAGGGAUACAGCUAGGUGCCAUUUCACCUUUACCUCUUCUCCCCAUCCCUCUCUUUUUGGUACGUUUGUCUCUCAUUCUCUUUUAGCAACAGCUUUAUACCAAAUUAUAUAGCUCUGGCAGCGCUGAAGAACAGCAUUAACAGCAAUUUUCCUUUCCGGCCUGCUAAGUAAUCCUCCUUAUAAAUGGAGCAGUGUUUUUUCUUUGGCUUCUUUUACAGCUUGACGUUUAAAUUCCUUUUCCUAUUUCAUCAGUGUGCAUCCUUCUCCUAAUUAUACAUCAGAUCUCUUGCUUUUGCCAUACUGGUUCUAUUGUGUCUUUCACAUUAGUGCCUUUGCACCUUCCCAUUAUCUAUGGAAUAUGCUACUUCUCAUUUUUGUGUGAUAUUUUUUUUCUUCCUUCCUGAGUCCCUAACACCUAUCUCUUUUAUUAAAGGUUUCACAUUAGGGGUGAUUUCACUGUCUUUGGUGUGGGCGGUCCCCAGAUCCAUUUGUCUCUGCUAAUGUUGUUUAGGUCCAGCCAACCGUGUUCUCUAGAUAUCAGUGCUUGUUUAUUUGUUUCUGCUCCAUUUCAAAAGCUUUGUCUGAAAAGCCAGCUCUGAAAUGGAAACGGUAGCCAAUUAAAAUCAUGCUCUAAUGUUUAGGCGAUAAUUGCAUCUCCUACAUCCCCACAAUGGUAAACUUACGACACUUAAGUUAGAUUUAUCAUACCUUAGAAAAUGUGGGUUUCUUAAAAUUGUUCAGAACAUGACAUACCUGUAGUCAUUUUACAUGGGUGCACAUUGAGGAGAAGAAAUGUCCUCUGUAUUAAAAAUGGUGACUUUUCCCAAAUGCUGCAGAGCGUCUGCCAGGUAAAGGACCCCUGGACGGUACAGUACAGUCAAAGACGACUAUGGGGUUGCGGCGCUCAUCUCGCUUUCAGGCCAAGAGAGCUGGCCUUUGUCCACAGACAGCUUUCUGGUCAUGUGGCCAGCAUGGCUAAACCACUUCUGGUGCAACAGGACACCGUGACGGAAACCAGAGCGCAUGGAAAUGCCGUUUACUCUUUCCGCCGCAGCAGUACCUAUUUAUCUACUUGCACUGGCAUGCUUUCGAACUGCUAGAUUAGCAGCAGCUGCGACAGAGCAGCGGGAGCUCACCCUGGCGUGGGGAUUCAAACCGCUGACCUUCUGAUCGGCAAGCCCAAGAGGCUGAGUGGUUUAGACCACAGCGCCACCCGCGUCCCUUGCCGGUUAGUGUAAAUAGUACUGAGCUACGUGGACCAACUUCGUUUGUAGAAAAGAUGGCAAAUAGUAUAGAGCGGGAGAAAUGAUAAUCUCUUCAAAGACUGGUUUUCAGGAUCUCUUGGAGAACCUGAAAGGCGAUAAGUUUAGGAGAACUGAAAUAUUACUUCCGUCAAUACAUAAUAAAUCUAUGGAAGCAAGCUUAGAAGAUAUUAUGACACAUAUAAGUUUGGAGUUCACAUUGGCCGUCUGCUAAAAAUCCAAAAUGUGCAUCUAACGCCAGGUAAAGGUAGAACAGGCUUCUCUCCUGGAUAUAGAUUUCAGUAGCUUGACCCACAAGGUGAUGCACAGAAUCCUGUCCUUAUGGGGCAGCAGCCAUUGGGGGCAGAGUCUGCUCUGCUGUAGUCCCAGUGCUGUGGAAUGUGCACCCAGAAAAUUCAUUCUGAAGAUUCAGGCUUUUAAAGUCUGAGUUGCAGUUGUACAGAGUUUGUUUUAAGUAGUGCUGUUCAGUCGGUACUCACAUGAUGGGACAACAAGGGCACAAAGGGGUUGCAGGGCUUUGCCUUUAUUUAGCCCCCUGCCAGUUGUUGAGCAGCUUCUUCCAGCUUUUGUAAGUCCACUGUAACUUGCCCCUCUGCAGACAUUUACCCUGAACUUUUGGAAGGAUUUCUUAAAGGUUUGCUCUGAACUUGUGGAAAGUUGGAAGGCACCACAUGACAGCAGAUGUGGGGCUAAAAGUGUAGCCCUGCUUGUCUUGCCUGUUUCUGUGAGUAAUAACUCAAUAGGGCUGCUGGCUCGGCUAGUUUUGGGAUCAUGGAUUACACUGCUGGUGCUUUAUUUAAGUUUGUAAAUAACUUUGAAGAGGUGUGGGAGCUAAAUGUGUCAGAGGAAUUAAAACCAGGACUUGGAAAGGUAUGCCAUUGCUUCUGAGCACCCCCGUGUUGAAGGAUGACAGACAGUGUUCGAAAUUAGCCAGGCGCCAGGUGCGUUUUGGUACUGGUGCAGUCCAGUUGCGACCAUGUGGAGAUCUCUGGAUGCCAGGUUGGCAACUGGGGAAAACAAAAACUUAGAGAAGGAUCUGAAAUAGUUUCCUUGAAGCUUGAAUUUGUUUUAUUCUGGAUUGCUUUGAUGUUUUGAUAUGUGGUACACCUCUUUGUAAUUUUGUUCUUAAAAAUAUAAAGCAGUAUAGAAAUGGAAAUAACAACCACCACCACCACCACCACCACCACCCAGAGGAAACAGUGCCUAGACAUUCAUUCCAUUGUGGCGACCCCAGCCUAGCUUUAAGGUGCCAUUUGGUAAUUAGAUUAUAGAUUUGAGUUUAUAACAUUGGUGACAAAGUACUGUAGUUAGCCACAAACUACUGAUUUUGCCGCAGUUCCAACCCCACUUAGCUGAGGUUAAGCCCCAUGGAGUUCUUUAGGAUUUAUUUCUGAUUAGACGGGGUUAGGAUUGUGCUGAUAGUUGUUCAUCUUCCUUCUUGCAUAAACUGUUUUACUUUAGGGGAGAAGGGGCUGUGCUGCUGAAAUUGCUUCACCCCAUCUCUGAUAUGCCUCGGCAGCGUGGCAAACAGUGCUCUUGGCGAUUCAAAUGUUGCGUUGCCGCAAGUUCUCUAGAAGAGAAAAAGGGAUUCUGAGGCAUGCAGGAGUAGAGAGAAUUGGUUUUAUCUGCUCUUCUUCGUUUUAUUGGUGAUUCACUUUUACAGAGAUUGUUAUUGACUUUAAAAAUUGUUUUUAUAUUUUUAUUACUGCGAGCUGCCUUGAGUGCUAUGUGCAGAAAGGCAGGAUCUAAAUUGAAAUAAUAAACAACCGCAGGGAGAGGGAGAACUUACCUCUGUCCUUGUCUUCUCUCCCUGCUAGAAGUUGGCCAGAGAAACUUUGACCUCUGGUUAGGAUUCAUCUGUUGAGGUGUUUUCUUCCCCCUUCUCCUUAGCUAUGCUGACAUCUACUCUCUGGGAACAAGCUGCAAAUUUUGGACAGGGCUUGGAAUGCACAGAGGCUUCCGGGCGGGCAUUUGAUAAACAAUUUGGACACCAGGUGUUUGUUAAAAAAGAAGAAGCAGCCAGGGGGACAGGCUGGAAGGUAUGUGGUUGCAUGCCAAGCCACAGAAGUUAAGAGUAGAAAGUCAAGCUGCCUCACCACCCCCUUGUGUAAGCUGCCUUGUCCCAUGUUCUGUCAGUAUUCUGGACUCCGAGAUGCAAAACAACAGCCCUCGCCUCUGGAGAAAUCCAGAGUUGGCUCACAGUUAAAGCAGAGUCACCAGCACUUUGUGCACAACUGUCAAACUUGUUUCCCCACCAAAUAAAAUAAAGUGCUCAGUAAAAACCUGGAGAGAGAACUUGGUGGAUCCGGUUGCCCUGCUGAUUGUAUCUUCCUGAAACCUGUGAUUAUGGGUGUCUGUCUAGCCAUGAGAAGCCCAGAAUAAGAACUGCCCCAUGACUACUGGGGAGCUGGGAAAUAAGACAGAUACAUUGGUACCUCGGUUUUCGAACGUCUCAGAAGUAAAACGUUUCGGUUUUCGAAUGCCGAAAACCCAAAAGUAAAUGCUUCGGUUUUCAAACUCAGAAGUCGAACAUGCUACACGGCUUCCGCUCAGUGCAAGAUCCUAGCUGUUGGCUAUUGGGGUUUCGGUUUUCGAACAUUUUGGAAGUUGAACGGUCUUCCGGAACGAAUUACGUUCGAAAACCACUGUAUUCUGAGACCCAUCUAGAAUUUAACACUCUGAUUUUCUUUAUGUACACCACCUCAACACUGUAGCCAUGCUCUUUGAUUUCAUUCAUUACGUUUUGGUUUUAACUGAGAUUUUGUUUACCGCAUAGAUGCACUUACUGUUUUAGUUUUCAGUUUAGAAAUGAAUAGAAUAAAAAUGUUCCGUAACCCAGAAUUCCGCCCACUCCACCAGUCUUCUGUGGCUACUCAGUACCAAUGAAGAGGUACUCUGCACAUAUUCAUACAAACACUCCCUUUCACCAAUCCUGUGUUGCAAAGGAAAGAAAAAUCCUAGCAAACAUAUCUGUCUAUGCUCAGGCUGAUCAUUCAGAAUGUGACCAGUCUCUCUGUGCUUGAGAAUGAAAGCGAAGGAUCACUUGUUUGUUUUUAACCCCCUUCCCCUCCCCCCCAAAAUUGCUCGUGCAAAUACAGUACUUCACGGAUUGCUCUGAUAAUGUAGAUAGGCUUCAGAAUACUAGGAUCUGAAAGAAAUAACGACAAUGGAAACUAUUCAGAGAGAAGCAUGCUUCCAGCAUACAAAACUGCCCAUAUGAGCUCUAGAUAAAAUCACUGACACCACCAAUUAAAGGAUCAUGGGUAGGAAGUGGAAGAGGAGAGUUUGACUGAACUUUUGAGGAACAGCUCACAGCAGCAGACCAGUGAUACAACUCUGCGGAAGACAUCUCUGUUGUUUUCAGAACAUUCAGCGCAAAAUGAAGCACCAAAGUUUUUUUCCCCCCUGGUGUCAAAGCAGAUCACUAUAAAUAAACCUAGGAAUACAUGGCUGUUCACAGCUAUCUUAAUUGUAAGGAUAUAAAAUAUUACGCUGCUGGAUCCGACCUAAGGAUCCCUGUUUCUAAGUGCGGCAGCUAGGUGCCCUUAGGAAGUUAACAAGCAGGUCAUGGUGGACAUAACUAUACUUACCCCCAUCUCCAGCCUCUGGUUGUUGGAUGCACGCCUUUGAAUAUCACAGUUCUAUUUAGCUGUUGAGACACCUGUUGUCCGUUAAUCUGUUUUAAAGCCACCUUCUCUCGUGGUCAUCACUGGAUUUUGUGGCACUCAAUUCCACAAGUUAAUUUGGGAUGAAGUAGGACUUCCAUUUAUUGUGAACCUUCAUUGGAAGGAUCCAGAGUUUGGGUCUUUUGGAAGAGAGGAAUUUCUCUUCUUUAGGGUUUUAUAUACUUCUUUCAUGCGCUCCCAGGGUCACGUUUUCUGGAUUUAAAAAGCCUCUUUUGUACAUUUUCUAGUUUCAUGAUACUAUUUUUAUGAUUCAGCUGCCAGCAUAGUGCACAUAAUGGACUAAUUUGAACAAUACAGUAAUAUCUUAAUGAGCCAAGAGAUGAACAAGCAUUAUGGGGGUGCAUGCUGCCUUUCUCAUCUUCCUUCCAUUGCAGGGAAGCAAGCAAACCAGGAAACCUUCUGUGAUCUGUAGUUUCCCGUUUCAUCUAAACUGGGAAACAGUUGAAAUAAAUAAAAAAAUUGUCCAGUAGGACCUUAGAAACAACUAAAUUUGUUCUGGGUAUGUGCAUGCACACGAAAGCUUAUACCCAGAACAAACUUAGUUGGCAUCUAAGGUGGUACUGGACAAUUUUUUUAUUUAUUUCGACUACGUCAGACCAACAGGGCUACCUACCUGAAUCUGGGAAACAGUUGUUAGGUGUUUCAGAACAAGCCAGGCUAUGAAGGCACAGUUUUAAGUUGGCUUCAUAUUCUGGCCAUUAACCAUCUUUUCCCAGUUUGGAUGAACUGCGAAACUAUAGAUAAUGGAAGACUUUCUGGUUUCCUUACACAAAGAAAGAAGCAAAGGGGCCAGUGGCAUGGCCAAAAAGCUCAUUCAUAUCUCACCUUUAUGAGUCAAAUAAAUAUAGCCUAUGGCUCUGUACACACACCUGUUUACUCUGCAUGCAGUAUGCUUCUGCUGCUGAUUUGGGAAUUGGUGUGCGCACAACAUCAUUUGCAAUUCAUACCUGCAGUUUCUUACAAAAUAAUGCAUUGUGAUGCAUUCACCCCCCAACCCAGCUUCAGUCUGAGUUGAGAAAAGGGGACUGUGUACGUAUCACUGGUUUAAAAGGCAGGUAGGUGAUUCUUUUUUUCAAUUCGGAACCAAGGUGAUUUGUGGGGAAACAUCAAAACUCAGUACUUCAUAAGAAACAAUGAAAUAGAUAUAGGAUGGAUUGUGGUUAACAUUGUGCGGACACCGCUUCCAAACCAACAGUGGGAGCAUAAUAUAUGCAAACAGCAGUAUGUACGCAGCCUAAAUAUCCUCAUCUUCCUUCAUUUCUCCCUUUCUCCCUUUUUCUCAUUUAACACUUUUGCUGCCUCUGACUGGUUUCCUGCUUUUCAAGAAUUUAAAGGGGUUUUUGUUUUUUAGUGUUUUAUAGCUUUGGACAUUUGCAGCUUAAAUAACUUCCUUAUUGUCAUUUCUUAUCUGGUUUGCCAGAAUUUGUGCUUAAAAACAAAAAAAGAUUCUUCAUGUAUACAAUAAAGCAACCUUCUAUCCAUUCAUCUACUUAACCGGCAAACUUUUGGCCUUGUUUGUGUCUUUUCUUUUCUAUGUCGUUUAAGUCUCGAUUAGGUUGUUUGUAAAUAACCUCUAAGCCUUCUGCAGAGAUUCGAUCCUCUUAAUUAUACCUUUCAGCUUCCUUUUACCUUAACACGUCUUCUCCUUGUCGGUUUCUUGACUUUGUUCCAAGGCACGGUUGUUUGUUUUGCCUGGACAGUUUUGUGUCUCCUUUCAUGAUCCAAAAUUGCAUUUACCCAACUAAUUUGAGCGUUGUUGAAGUCCUCCAGUAUUAUUAAUAGUCAUUAGCUGCAUCUCUGUUUUAUCAUAAUCAGAGUUUGUCAGCAGGGCAAUACUGUACCCUUACCUUUUUCAUCUUUUACUGUACCCUAAGUAUUACAGGCUCUCUUUUUUGGUCAGUAGAAGAUUUGCCUUGAAGGUAGUUUAUAAAUUGCAGCGGAACAGGAAAUCUGCACACUUUCUUUUUUCUUUUUUUUGUAAUAUUUUUAUUGAUUUUCCAUCAAAAAAUACAUAUAACACCAUAUCAAAACUUUCACAAAUUUUCUCUUUUGGACUUCCUUCAGCUUCUCUGACAAUCAUCCAAUUUUAGCUUUUUUAAUUACACAUUUCCUAAAUUUACUAUUGCCUUUUGACAUACCCUUCCAGAUCUAUUUUUCUUUUUUACAAUACUUCUCAAACUUUUACAGAGCUUCUUGAAAUGCUACUAGCGUUAUUCUCUCAUCACUUAUACAUUCCAGAUAAUCUACAAACUGCACACUUUCUUGGUUAGCCACCCAAAAUUUGUGGUUUCUGUCAAUUCCGUCUGCCCUCCUAGCUCAGGGGAGGCAUGGAGGUUGCUCCCUGCAGUUCUGCCGGCCUUUGAAAGCAUUUGGACCAGCUAGAAGUUUUGCUACUUCCAGUUGUCUCUGAAGACCACUGUGAGGUCCCAGAUGAGCUUCUGCUGCUCAUCGCUCAGUUUGCUCUCAUCACAGACUUUCUCUCCAAGUAAAAGAGAUGCUUUCUGCUGACAAGUGCAUUUGUGGACCCCUGAUUAGAAACUUUAAAAUGUACAAGCGUUAUUUGGGGUGUGGGUGGAGAAAUUCAGCUUUACCUUUGGAUUUUUCUUUGUUCAAAUUUCUAGGCAUUCUAGUGAGCAAGGACUUUUCUUUCCCUCUGCGUUUGGGAAUUUAGGAAUCACUUUUAAUAAAUAAAAUUCUUUUAAGCAAUAAUAAAAAAACCUGAAGCAGUAGUCCAAAUUCCUGGAUGUCAGCAAAACAUUCUUAGGAACCUAGCUAUCAAACAUAUCUGUUGUUGUUUUCAGCGAUCUUCAGCCUGAAAUAGGUGACCAUGUAAUUGAAGAAGGGAAAUGAACCAUCGAGAGGAAAUUCAUUGGAGAGCUUCUGUGAAAUGCUUAGGAUAUAACUCAUGGCUGUGAUCUGUGUGCAGCACUGAGGGCCAUGUCAGAAAUAUUAGCAGGAGGCCAGCUCGUCUGCCAGAAGUGUCCACCCACAUAGUGCAACAGCAGUUUGGUCAGGAUGGUGAAAUUCCCCUGGCCACUAGAUGCUGAUUGGUGCCAAGGGCUUGGACAUAUUUUUUUCCAGUUCUGCUUACUUGGAUAGUGGAGUCAGUCCAAUACUUCCUUCUGCCUAUGGGAGAUGCACAGUGUCCUCCUAACAAAUGCUUGCACAUCUUAAUGGAAGCCCGACUUAGACACCUUGAUAAUUUCUCUCUCUCUCUCUCUCUCUCUCUCAUGUCAUGGGCUUCAAUUAAAGAAGAAACUCUAAAAGCCAGGCAAGUCUUUAAUAACAUUGUGAUCAAAUGCAAAAAUCUUACAGUCUUUUAGAUGUAACUCUCUCUAAGUGGUCGUUGGUUCCAGUUGGGGCUGGUAGGGCAGAAGACAAGCGUAAGUGCAGCCAGAACGGAUGGCAGCAGAUCCAACUAAUUCGUUUUGUUGCCAUCCUCUUCCUUGCCAAGUUCUACAAGGCCAGUACUGAAACCAAAGUGGAAGAAACUUAGACUGAUAGUAUGUAAGCAGAUUGGCUGAGAGCAGACUUCCAUUUGUCCUAAUGGGCCAUCUUCCACUGCUCCCUCCUCUGUUCAGAUUGUUCUCCUUCUCAUACAACCUGUUGCUAGUCCCUAAAGCCACAUCUCCCUUCCAGCUUCCUAGCGCAUCUCACCCACCCAAAUUUGCCAAAAGUGCUAAUGGAACAGAUGAGGGGGGCUUAUUCCUUCCAUGGUCGUCUCUACUGUACAGUCCUAGAGCCAUGGCAUUCACACUGGCAUGGGGGUGUGUGUUCUCUACUGACAUAAUCAGUGCUUUUCCUGAGAUCAUGCAACACAAGCCACGUCAUAGCCCCCUCUAUAAUCUGGAGGAAUUCUGGACAUUUGCAUGACAUUUUUUAUUAUCCUGCUGGCAGCAGGUCUUAAUUUGAGCCCCAGAACUAGUUUCAACGUCAGGCUUUGCUUUGUACCUUUUGUGUCUGCAGUUGUUACCUUAUGCAAGUAUAGGGAGUAGCAAGGACCCUGUGAGCAGUCCCAGCUCCUGUUCUACAGGAUCUAUCCUUUAUGUAUUACAUUUGUGUCUCUAGCAAGGAGCUCCAGUUGGCAUGCUUGGUUCUCCCUGCUCCUGUUUUCUCCUGUUAGGCUGAGAGAGUGUGUGUCUGGCCCGAGGGCUCCAAGUGGGCUUCCUAGCUGAGUGGGAAUUUGAAUCCUUGUCUCCCAGAUUCUAGACUGGCAUUCCAUCUGCUCCCCAACACCGCUUCUCGAUAUAAUCAAAUCCAGGAAGAAUCCACCUGCUUUGCAUUUUGGCCUCAUUCAGGCGAAUGUCAGCAUUUCAGAUUGGCUUUGUGUGUCUACCCGACCUGGCCACAGUGAUCCAUGCGACUCAUCUCCAGGCUUGACUAUUGUAAUUCGCUCUACGCGGGGCUGCCCUUGAAGCUGACCCAGAAACUCCAGAGGGUGCAGAAUGCUGCAGCGAGGCUCCUCACGGGGUCUCUGCCAUGGGAGCAUAUUCACCCAGUGCUUUUCAAACUACACUGGCUCCCGGUAGAGUACAGGGUCAGAUUUAAGGUGCUGCUUUUGACCUUUAAAGCCCUUCACGGCCUAGGACCCUCGUACCUACGGGACCGCCUCUCCCGGUAUGACCCACGGAGAGCCUCAAGGUCCAUAAAUAGCAACACCCUAGUGGUCCCGGGCCCUAAGGAAGUUAGAUUGGCUUCAACCAGAGCCAGGGCCUUUUCAACUCUGGCUCCGGCCUGGUGGAACGCUCUGCCUCAUGAGACCAGGGCCCUGCAGGAUCUGAUUUCUUUCCGCAGGGCCUGUAAGACAGAGUUGUUCCGCCUGGCCUUUGGCUUGGAGCCAAUUUGAUUCCCUCCCCCUCUUUCUUUUUUCCUUUCCUUCUCCUCCUGCAAUGAGGCUACAUUUUAAUAUUUUAAUGUUUCAAUAUUUUAAUGUUGUACUUUAAUUUUGUUUUUAAGUUGUAAUCAUUCAACUUGUUUUUAUUAUUGCUUGUAAGCCGCUCUGAGCCCGGCCUUGGCUGGGGAGGGCGGGGUAUAAAUAAAAAUUAUUAUUAUUAUUAUUACAAUAAGUACACACAUUAGUUCUUGGUUUGUCUUGCCUAGCGGGUUGUUAGGAGUUGACAUUGGAGUCUGAAUCCCUAUUAUUGUUGGGACUUGGUUGGGGAAAUUUCAGGAGCCUGCAAGAUUGAUUUCAGCUGCCCAUUUCCAACCCCUGUUGGGUUCUUGCUGCUCUUGCCGCCCUCCCCACCCACCGCCAGGCACUUAGUGGGAGUGGGAGGAAUGCCUGAGCCUGCACAGGUUUCCCUUCCCUCAUCUCACAGCAAGCUUUCAUGGAUCUUGUGGUGUCCUAAGGGUGCGUAAAAACCUAGGAAGCUUCUGCUUAUGGAGAGUCCUGCACAGCAGGAUUCAAAUUAAUGGCUCAUUCCAAGUAAUAAUUUGAUGCCCUGGCAUGGCAGUGUGUGAAAUCUUCUUUUCAGAGAGUGAAGCAGCGUGGCGGGUAAUCUCUCUGUGCCAGGCUAAUCUCAAUAUCUGCUGUGUUUCUGAAAGCUUUGUUGCCUUUUGAAAAAUCUAUUUAAUUUUCUCUUGGUGAUUCAGAACUGUGUUGAUAAUACUCUUAUCAGCUUGCUUUAAGCCAGAUGUGUAUGGUAUGUGCAGAUUUGUCUGUUUUGUGAUGGAUUUUUUUUUUAACACCUUCUGUUGGUUACGUCUUACUUUUCUUUCCACAUUGCUGGGAUUCACUACCCCCCCUUUCUGUUUUAACACGGUGUGUGUGUGUCUCUGUGUGUGUGUCUAUAGUUUGCAAUGGGGGUACGCAGUUGACAAUUCUCGGUUUUCCUUCCCCAGACACUCAGGAUAACCCACCUUCCUCUUUGGGACAAGUGUCCUUAGUGUAGGAUGUAAUUUGGGGCAAGAAGCUGGAUUGGUAGAUGGAGCAGCAACUUAGGAAAGAAGAUGAGAGUUGGUUAGCUCAGGGUGGCUAUAUGGAAUACAGUUGUACCUUGGAAGUCGAACGGAAUCCGUUCUGGAAGUCCGAUCGGGUUCCAAAACGUUUGGAAAUCAAAUGGCAGCUUCUGAUUGGCUGCAGGAAGCUCCUGCAGCCAAGCGGAAGCCCCGACAGACAAUCGGGUUCCAAAGAACGUUUGCAAACUGGAACACCCACUUGUGGGUUUGCUGCAUUCGGGAGCCAAAACGUCUGAGUACCAAGGCGUUCGGGAUCCAAGGUGCAGGACUUGAGAGCCACAGACAGGAGAGUCGGAUUCUGAUCUGGAAACCUGGCCUCAUACCCCAUUUCUCCAUGGGAUCCCAGAUGUGGCCUUGGGCAAUCUGUUAAAAUGGAAAUAACAGUGACCCGCUUCACAAGGUAGUUAUGUUUCGAAACACUUGGUGAAUAGAAAAUGCUAUAUAAAUGGAAUCUGGGACUUGAAAUCACUUCGUAUUCAACUAUACAGUUUUAGACUUGGCCAAUCUAGAGAGAGGCAAGCUGUUUUGGAUGGGGUUGCAUUGCGUUGUUCUUGGAAGAGUUGGGUGCAUACUAUGGGGUACCCUGGUGGCUUAUGUGGCCAGGAGUUCCUUUUCCCAACUUCGGCCUGGUGGUGUGAAGGACUUUGCUUCCCUCCCUUCCCGUGGCCAACUUCUGACUAAAAAACCAUGCCCCAAAUAUGCCCCUAGACCUUUAUAAACACAAAAAUCUGUGCCAUUCCAUAUCCAAAGGUGGAUCUUGUCGUCCCUCCCUUACACACACAAACAAACACAGAUGACUCUGCAAAAUGUUGGUUAAACUAUGUGCAGAAUCAAACAGAAGACAUUGCCACUUCAGACUUCCUGACUGGAGCAUCUGAAUUCCCUGCUCUUAGAAUUUCCCAUUAUUUGCGAAAAUGCAGUGAUUGCCUCUAAAGCCCAAAUCACGUAUAAUCAUGGCUAAGUUGCAAAUAUUAAUUUCAGUGGGUCUGCUUUGAGUAAAACUUAGUUUAACACCACCAACUGUAUUGUUUAGUUCUUAUUACGCUUUAUGUUAUAAUUAUGCAUCUAUAAUCUUAGCUGUAUUGUGAGUUGCUUUAUGAAUGCUUUUCUGCUUCAGAAGUGGGAUGUAAAAACUACUAGCAGUAACAAAAAAUAUAGACCACAAGAGGGAUUAUUUCCUGUGUGUCUUCUGUAAGUAUUUACCUAUAGAAUUAUCAUUAUCAUUAUUAUUAUUACUUUCCCGUCCUUCUGGCAAGGUUUCCCCAGCCACUCUAGAGGAUAUUUGUAUAAAAUAUAUACCAUUUUUCAACCUUAGCAAUUCUCGGAACAGUUCACACUAAUCCAGUCAGAUUUAUAGGCUAGUGAUGUUACCUUCAUAGCAACACUAGGCACAUACCACAUGGCAAAUUUAGUAGCCCUCACCACUGAACAUGCAGGCAGAUAGUUUUAUGGAAAUGUGGGAGAGGCUUCAGAAAGCCACACAUUUGAAAUCUGAGCCUUCGGCAUUCUUUCUCUUUCAGCUUUGACUCUGCGCUUUGUCUUUGCGGUUCUCUGAGCUGGGAUUCCACGUUACAUGUAAGCUGGUAUUUUAGGAAACUACAGUGGCCUGGUUUCUAUGCCCUUUUAAAAUGUGAAGGGUUUUUUUGGAGGGGGGAAGCAUUAUUGGGUUGUUGUUUUUAUUUUGAUUACGUAUUUUGUGGUUUUAUAUUUUGAUUUUAUUCUGUGAACCACCCUGAGACCUCGGGGUAUAGGGCGGUAUACAAAUUCAGUUUAAUAAUAAUGCCAUGGGAAGCCAAACUGUGGAUUACCACAAGUAAGCAAGCAAAAGGGGGUUUGCUUGGAUAGACACAAGCCACAGGUUGUGAUUUGCACAUAAUGCUAAGCCAGCCCUCUGGUUUCCUUCUUUCCGGCGUGACACAGGAAAGAAUGGGUGUGUGCAAUCUGAGCAGUGUGCACCGGCACCACUUGCCCCUUUCAUAAGCCAUAGGUGCAGUGUGCAUGUUGUGCUAGGCCAUUCUUAAACCACGACUUAUUUAACAGUUGUUUAUUGCACCAACCAGACGUCAUUUUCUGCAGGCAAAAGUAACUACAGUGGUAGCUCGGGUUACAUACGCUUCAGGUUACAGACUCCGUUAACCCUGAAAUAGUACCUCGGGUUAAGAACUUUGCUUCAGGAUGAGAACAGAAAUCGUGCGGCGGCAGCGGGAGGCCCCAUCAGCUAAAGUGGUGCUUCAGGUUAAGAACAGUUUCAGGUUAAGAACAGACCUCCAGAACGAAUUAAGUUCUUAACCCGAGGUACCACUGUACUGAUAACAACACAUACGUAACAGGCUGUAUGUAACUAUAUAAAUUCUUUUUAAAUGCAAUUCAACAUAUCAUAUCAAAAUAUAUGGUUCUAUAGACCAACUUAUCAUAUAAAGAAAACAUAUUACAGUAUGAGAAAGUCCAGCAGACUGAUCAGGAAAUACAAUCUAUUCAGUUCUUAUAUUGGCAAUAUCCACGGUGUGGAAUUCUUAUAUCAAGCUUGUCGUGUUCCACACGAAGAUGCUUUAAAGAAUUCUAGCAUUCCUUGUAUGCAGGUAUCAGACAAAAAACUUGGAAGAAUGGCACAUGCAGAAAAUAAGACAAGGAUUCCAGGAUAAUUCCUUGUUUCGCCCAACCAGGCUUCGUCAGCCGUGCAUACUCUGGAUUAUAUAGACAAACAUAAUGUGAUGUGAAAUGCAAAAGUAACUACGGCUUGUCUUGUCAUACUCUGCCCACCCUCAGCUGCCUCUCUGCUUUACAUCCCUUAAGUCUGUUGUUUCUCAUAGACCGGCAUCGCCUCACAGUGUCACCAUUUCCCUUCCUAUUAGUUGGCUGUGAGAGCGAGGGUGUGGAAAUCUCUGUGAUCUUCAGUGCAGCUGCCAUUAAGCAGCUGCUCUCCCCUUCCAUUCUCCCAAUAAACAAAUGCCCCUACUCCUUUGCAGCUUUUAGUUUUUCAAACCCCUUUCUUCCCCUGUACAACCAUGCUUUUUUGUUUUCCUUUCCCCAACCAACAAUCAAGUGUCAUAAUGAAUUUAUGCUUUGCGCUUAGUAAGGACUCUGCUGCUGAAAGACUGCUUUUACUAAUGCAAACUUUAAGUCGUUUCACCUGUUAGCUGGCUUGAAUUUCAGGAUCCAAACCUGAAGUUUUAAACCCUACUCCCCCCCCCCCUCAAUAGACACUCUUCUGUACUUUGCUAUCAAAGCGCAAAGUCGCAGGGAACCUUUAGCUACGUGGGGAAAGUGCAUUUGUUUGGAAACAGAAAUUUGCCGCCCCUCUGUAUCUUAACCCUCUGACCCCUACAAUUUCUGUUUCUCUGUGUUAAAAUGCACAGCUUUUCCAGCUGCUAAAAAGUCUGGUAAAAUCCCAACCCUGCUUAGCUGCCCAGCUCUGCAGAGGUGUGAACAUCGGCCUGUUUGAAGCGCCCACCCUAGCAGCACAAACGCGACUCUCCAAAGGUCUUUGUGCAGGAAAGUUACUUGGAAAUCGGAUGAGACACGUGCAGCUUAAAAAACUUUAGCAGCAGGUGUUGCGGGGGGACUGCAGGUGUGGUUGUCAAUGGUGUGUGUGUUGCAGAGUUAGCGGCAAUGUUGGCUUCAGGGACAGUGCCAAUGAAGAGGAUCUGAGCAUGGAGAGAGGCUUUAAUUUCCAGUCACUCUUGCCUGAUGUCUCUGUCACUUGGUGUGCUGUUUGGGCAGGGUGAUAAAAGAGACCACGUGCUAUGGGUUAAGGAGGAGCCUGGGUUAGCAUGUGCUAAGCCAUAACUAAGUUAAGUAAGCCAGCAACAAAUAAUGGUUUAUUUUCCUGAACAGAACAUAGUUAAGGUACUGUGCUGGGUUCAGUCAUAAGCCUUGGUUAAUGUUUAUUUAAACCGUGGUUUCAUUUCACCUGAGAAUCAGGUCAUAGGUUGCCUGUCGCGCAAGCCCCAAGCAUUACGUUCCAACUAGGGAUGCUUGAGAAAUUAGAAAUUUGCCUGUUCCAGUAUGACCUGACCUGUAUCUCUUGGACCAAUGUGUUGAUUGGAACUUAGUUACCCACUGGCAUUUGCAAUUCUUACAUGUUCUGAAACAGUUUUUGACUUCUUCUUUUUAAGUGUUUAAAAAAAGUUUAAAGUGUUUAUUUGAGAGAAAAUUUAGAAAUGUGUAGUUUAAAUGUAUUAUUUUGUGGAUUUCAAAACAUGCAGCUUUACUUUAAAAAAAUGAAGGGAUCUGUUUAUAGCUAAGCACUUGAACCUGUACCCUAUGCUGAGACCAGCAGCCUGUUCCCCUGCUUGGAAAAAGAGUUAUUAGGCAGAUACUUGGCAGGUAGGUCUAUGAAUAGCUUUUAGGUGUUGAUCACUAAAAAAUGGAAACCUCGUGGCCUCUGCUCACCAGAUUCUGGAGUAACCAUUGCUCCACGUCUUCUAAGACAUAUGGGGGAACCGUUGGUGCUCCACGUGUUACUGAACUACAACUCCCAUCAACCCCAGUGAGCAUGGCCAGUGUUGAGGGAUAAUGGGAGUUGUAGUUUAUGGGAUAAUGGGAGUUGCAGCAUCUGGAAGGCCACAAGUUUCCCACACCGGCUCCAGAGGCAAAGUGAAACUUCCCUUUGACCCACCACAGUCAUUUCUUAGCAGUGGUUUUUAAUAAAUAUUUUUUUAUAUAUAAAAAAAUACCAUUCACACGAAAGCUUAUACCCAGAACAAACUUAGUUGGUCUCUAAGGUGCUACUGGACAGUUUUUUAUUUUUAUUUUAUUUAUUUCGACUGUGUCAGACCAACACAGCUACCUACCUGAAUUUUUAAUCUUUCAUCCCUAGUUCAAGUUGCCUGAUUUCUGUGUGUAGAGAGUGCCCAGCUGUGGCAUUAUUGCACUUUUGCCCCACCCUGUCAGCCGGGAUAGCUCUGUUGGUAUAGCAUGAGAAUCUUAAACAGGCAUAGGCAAACUCUGCCCUCCAGAUGUUUUGGGACUACAACUCCCAUCAUCCCCAGCUAACAUGACCAGUGGUCAGGAAUGAUGGGAGUUGUAGUCCCAAAACAUCUGGAGGGCUGAAUUUGCCUAUGCCCGCUCUUAAUCUUAGGGUCGUGGGUUUGAGCCCCACGAUGGGUGAAAGUUUCCUGCAUUGCAGGGGGUUGGACUAGAUGACCCUCGUCGCCCCUUCCAAUGUUCUAUGAUUCUGUGAUUCUUUCAUCAGGUUGCUCAGAGUUGUACUUCUCUGCCCUCCCCCCCAUUUUCAUCUCACACCAAUGCUUUGAGAUGGAAGGGGAAGUGGCGGAGGUUUGGGGGCACCCAGUGAGCCUCAUGAAUUAUACUUGAGAGUGGAUUUGAACUCGGCUCACCUGAAACCUUGUUCAGCACUCCGACCACUGUGCAGCACUGCCUAAACACUGCAGCAUAUGUGACGGCAGCUAAAGCAACUGCUGCUGACAUAAGUGAAUAAAAGCUGGGCUUCAGUAGUGCUUUGGCUUGUUGGCAUGGCUAUUGAGAAGUACAUGGCGGUGGGAAAAGUGCUUGGAUUAAAGACCUGCCAGUGGUAGCUCCCAGCAAAAGGGAAAAUGACACUCUGAUGUGCAGGUUUGACCCUUUGCGGGAUGGUGUGAACAAAUUUGUCCAGGUGUUGUGUACAUGAGGCCUGAUACACCCCAACUAGGGUGCUAUAUCAAAACACUGUUGCAGUAGGAAAACAGGCUUAUUCCUUACUUAGCAUGAAGAUUUUUGUAGAGGUAGCAUUCAUCUCAUUACCAGCCUUCUGGAGAGUGCAAAGUGUACAGGAAGGCAAUCGUCUUGGAUCGCUGAUGGUUGUACAUCUGUUAUUUAAGGAGUUUGUGUCAGUUUUUCUACUUAGAAUAGAUAAAGAAUGUGUUUAUAUCUUGGGCACCCUGGAAGGUAGAAAGCAUCUGAAAAUUGUAUCAGAGCUUGGAACUAAUGUGCCAAUUUUAAAUAUAUAUAUAUGAGAGAGGUUUGUUGUUUUUGGAACGUGAACAAAAAACAGCAGUUCUGUUCAUUUCUCCCCUUUCCCCCCAUUGCAAAUUCUAUGAGAACAUCUGUUUUUUUUCUUUAGCUUAUCUCUCGCACCUCUGCUGCUUGUGGCAGUUUUGAUUGUUUUGGUGUGUUUUUUCUUUUUUUAAUUUUAGAUUUUGUCGGGCUGGUGGAUACACACAUUUUGCCAGCUGUUAGCAGCCAAGUGUGUUAGGGAGCCACGAGGGAUGGGAAGAGAGAGCCUUGUGCUGCUCCCAGAGGACCCAGAUUGCUUUGGAUGGGCAGGUAGCUCAUAGUUCUGCAAGUCUGAGAAAAGGAUGGUGCUGGAUGUAGAGGGAACCAGCAAACCACAGUGCACAAAGGAAAGGACCUGCAAUUCUUUAUGUGAGCUACUCCACCAAAGCAUGUGAGCAAGGCUUUGAUGAGCAAAUCUAAAGUACAGUAGUACCUCGGUUUUCAAACGUAAUCCAUUCCGGAAGACCAUUCGACUUCCGAAACAUUCGAAAACCGAAGCAUAUACUUCCGGAAAACUCAAUAUGGAAGCUGUGUGGCACAUUUGACUUCCAAAAAGCGUUUGAAAACCGAAGGAGUUACUUCUGGGUUUUUGGCGUUUGAUGAUCGAAACAUUUGACUUCCGAGAUGUUCGAAAACUGAGGUACCACUGUAUAAUCUUCCCAACAUAAGUGAGCCACAUAUUUUAUUUUUUUAGACAGUUUUUAUGCUCAGACACUUUCAUAUACAAUAUCUCAAGGUGGUGCACAGCCUAAAAACAUAACCUACACCAUUUAUACACACAUACAUACCACCCUUCAUCUGUAGAUCGCAGGCAAGUUCACAACAUAAAAUUACAAUGCAAACAAACACAAAAUACAUAAUAAAAAGAAGAACAAAACCAAGCCAAUAAUCCCUCCCCUUUCCACGACACAUUUAAAAGGGCAUCAGAUGUCAAUCAGCCAAAGGCCUGGUUGAAGAGGAACAAUUUUGCCUGAUGCCUGAAGGAGUAUAAUGAAGGCGCCAGCCUAACCUCUCCAGGGAGAGCAUUCCACAAACGGAGCCACUGCAGAAAAGGCCCAGCCUCAUGUUGUCACCCUCCGGAGGAGGCACAUGUAGAAGGGCUUCAUAUUAUGAUCGCAGGGCCCAGGUCAGUUAAUAUGGAAAGAGGCAGUCCUCGGAAGUAUUGCAGUCCUGAGCCAUUUAAGGCUUAUAGGCUGUGACCAGCGCUUUAAAUUGGGCACAGAAACUAAUUGGCAGCCAGUGCAGUCAAACCAGGAUUGAUGUAAUAUGCUCAAACCAUCUUGCCCCAGUGGGCCACCUGGCUGCUGGAUUCUGCACUAGCUGAAGUUUCUGAACUGUCUUCAGAGGCAGCCCCACAUAUAACGCAUUUCACUAAUCUAACCUAGAGGUCAAAAACAUCAGUAAAAGCCAACUGGCAAAGAAAGGCCUGUGUGAAUAAUGGUUUUCCAAAGACCUUGAAUAGUGAGCAGCCAGCCUCUCAUUUGCAAGAGUUCGCUAAUUUUACUUUAUUUUUAAUUGAACAUACCUCUCAACUUGAAUCAUAGACUCAUAUAAUUGUAUAGCACGCAGCAGCUUUUGUUGUUCUUGCCAGUCUCUUCAAUCCCCAUAAUCUAGUGCCUCACAUACUGGCAAAAUUGCAAUUGUAAGCUCCUUGGGGCAAGGCCUGCCAUCUCUCUAAAGUAAUGUACAGUGUACCUUAACAGUGCUCUUUAUUUUGAAUGUUAAUGGUGCAAAGUUUGGAGCUAGCGAAGCACCUGAGUUAGCUAGCUAGAGUGAGUCUGAAGUGGGUUUAUAUUGUUUCAGUGUACAAGUGCUACGAAAGGUGCAGUAGUUGACUUUGGAGGGGAGCCUUGUGAUAUACCUCACUAUUAGGUUUAGGGGUAACUUGUGUGCAAGAAUAAGAAUGCAUCUCAGGUCUCCAGGGCUGUAUUGUUUGGAUGCAAGCCAACACUUCACAGGGCUGCUACUGAAAAUCUUUGAAUUAUUUGUGAUGGUGGUUUGGCCCCAGGUUCCUUUUGUUCAAACACUGCUAAAUGUCAGCAUGUGUUUGAAAAAGCACAGGUAGAGCGUGGGAUAAAACAAUUAUAGUUGUCUCUGUACGUAGAGUGGUGCAAGACCUUGUACCUGUCCCAUGACUCUUACCUUGUUUCUUGCUCGUCCCCUUUUAUUCCUGUGGAUCGAAAACAAGGUCCAUAUUUUUCAAUAGGCUCAUGAUUCUUGUUUUUCUCGGUUCUUCUCUUGAAGUUGCAAACCCAUCCGUGGUGCAUGAUUUGACAGCCACUUUGUUCAACUAGCUAAAAGCUAUGCUUUGAUUCAGAUCCCAUCUCUGCUUUUGUAAUUCCUUAUUCCUCAGUUUCUCAUACGUAAAAGGGGAGUCCUGAUCUACGCACAGGAAAAACCCCGCUAUAAAUAAGUCAUAAAAUAAAUCGUUAUAGCAAAAGAGAGGGUGGGGAAACCCUAUGUAAAAUUACAUAGAAAUGUUUCGUGCUCAGUAGCACAAUCUGGUGUUGCAUGUUUAUAAUGCAUUUAAAACACCCUUAUUUGACUAGUGUAGCUGAGAAACUAGUGGCCCGCAGUGGGGCAUUAAGGUAAGUAGUAAACAUUGCGAAGCAUUAUCUUCCUUCCGCAAAUUCAACUUGGUGUAGAGACAGUAUAGUAAGGUAACAUAGGUGGGGAAAUCUGCAGUGCCUAACCUUUUCCAGUAAUAAGACAAAUUUUUUAAAACAAAGCACUGGAAAACUAGCCAGAACCCAUGCUAUUCUGAGGUAACUUAACAAUUGCUGGGAAGUUUUAACUAACCUUUAUAUCCCUCUUCCUCUUUAAUCAGGGUGAAGUUUGUACACACAGAUUUCUUUAACUAACCUGUGGAAUCCUGUCUGACCUCCAAACUGGCGAUGUCAAGGGUACCGAGUCCUCCUCCUCCGGCAGAGAUGUCAAGUGGGCCUGUUGCUGAGAGCUGGUGUUACACUCAAGUAAGUCCGCAUUUUAGCAUCCUUUCGUUUGCCCCACGGAGGGGCAAAGAAUAUCUUAGUGAAAAGCAAUACUGGCUGGCAUCUUUGGUGCCUUGUUCAAAUUGUCACGGUCCCGAGCCAGUGUUUUGGGCAGCCUGUGGUGCUUUCUAAAACUUGAAGCUUGAGUUCUGCCCACUUUUAACAGUGAUGAAUCUGAUGUGUAAAAGCAGGGAAUCCCGUGACCCGUGUGAUGUUAGUGUCAAGUUUCCCAGGAAUGGCUGCCCUGCUUUCCAUGUUCUGGAUACCCUGCUAAGGUCUGUUUGAGCCAUCUAAUGGUCUAAUGCAGCCUUUCUCAACCUGUGGGUCCCCAGAUGUUGUUGGACUACAACUCCCAUCAUCCCUGAGCUCUGGCCUUGCUACUAGGGCUGAUGGGAGUUGUAGUUCAACAUCUGGGGACCCACAGGUUGAGAAAGGCUGGUCUAACGUAUCCAUUGGAAAUAAGGUAUGUUGUCUUUCCAUCAUCUUGCUAUUUGUAACUGUCUUUCUGCUGUUCUUUUUCCCCUUAAGAUCAAAGUGGUCAAAUUUUCCUACAUGUGGACCAUCAACAACUUCAGCUUUUGCCGGGAGGAAAUGGGAGAGGUCAUCAAAAGUUCAACAUUUUCAUCAGGAGCUAAUGAUAAAUUGAAGUGGUAAGGAUCAUUAUACAGUGCACAAUGGGGACCAGCAACGAACACGGCAUUUGGUAGCUUGUGGUGCUUAGAAUUGGGUUCAAAACCCCUACUUAGCUCCACACUCACUGGGAGGCCUUGGGGAGGUUGCUAAUGCUUAGCCUCAAUCCUGCCUUCUGUAAAAUGGCACAAUAAUGACUUGACUCGUGGGGUUGUCUUCAGAAUGACUGAGGCAAUGAACUGCCCUGACCUUCAGGGGAAAGGAGAAACGAUAUACAAACAUGCUUCAUAUCAAUGUCCCUGUGGUUUACUUGUGACUCUCAAUACCAUCCAUCCAUAUUGAAAAUGCAGCUAAGACCAAGGUGUUAGAAAAGAUGCAAGUGGGUAAUACCUUCUUAACAGGAAUUAGCAAACUAUAUGGAGCAAUCCGCGGGACACAGAGCCUAGAACUUGCCAAUCAGAAGGUCAGCAGUACGAAUCCCGUGACUGGGUGAGCUCCCGUUGCUCGGUCCCUGCUCCUGCCAACCUAGCAGUUCGAAAGCACGUCAAAGUGCAAGUAGAUAAAUAGGUACCGCUCCGACGGGAAGGUAAAUGGUGUUCCCGUGCGCUGCUCUGGUUCAGCAGAAGCGGCUUAGUCAUGCUGGCCACAUGACCCGGAAGCUGUACGCCGGCUCCCUCGGCCAAUAAAGCGAGAUUAGCGCCGCAACCCCAGAGUUGGUCACGAGUGGACCUAAUGGUCAGGGGUCCCUUUACCUUUACCUUUAUGGAGCAAUCCGCGAAAAUAAUUGUAAAUAAUAAUCUCUCCGAUAACUGUAAAAUAAUGAAAGGCACUAGACAAGGCUGCCCAUUAUCCCCGCUGUUGUUUAUAUUGAUGCUGGAAGUAAUGUUACAGCGUAUAAGAAAGAACGGGGAAGUGAAAGGAAUUUCGGUGGGACAACAAUCCUAUAAACUAAAGGCUUUUGCUGACGAUGUGGUAUUAACAGUAGAACAACCACUUGAAAGGGUUCCUAAGGCAUUAGAGGAUAUAAGAAAGUUUGGGAAGGUGGCGGGCCUUAAAAUAAAUGCAGAAAAAACUAAGAUAUUAGUAAAAACAUGGGUGACCAUUCAAAAAAAGAACUGGAAAUGGUGAGUGGAUUAAAAAUAUGUAUAAAGGUGAAGUACUUAGGGAUAUGGCUGGCUGUGAGGAAUCUCAACUUAUUUUAAGAUUAUUACGUAAAGGUGUGGAAGGAGAUUAAAAAAUAAUUGGAAAUAUGGGGGAGAAUGAAACUUUCCCUAGUGGGUAGAAUAUCAGCCAUUAAAAUGAAUGCAUAUAUUACCUAAAACGUUUUUAUUUCAGUCCAUCCCAGUGGUCAACAAUUUACACUGCUUCAAAGAACAGCAAAAAGAUAUCACUAGAUUUUUCUGGCAGGGGAAGAAACCAAGAAUUAAGCAUAAAAUUUUGAUAGGUAGUAAAGAAAGAGGAGGAUUCACUCUGCCAGAUUUACAAUUAUAUUAUGAGGCAGCGUGUCUUUGUUGGCUAAAGGAAUGGAUUGUAUUGAAAAACACCCACCGAUUGCAUUUGGAAGGUCAUGAUCUCAAAUUCGGCUGGCAUACAUGUCUAUGGUAUGGGAAAGCUAAAAUACAUAAAUGUUUUUCAAACCAUGUGGUUAGAAAGAAGGUAUAUAGAGUUUGGGGGAAGUAUGAGAACUUGCUGGAAAGGAAGACACCUUUGUGGUUAUCGCCAAUAGAAGCAAUUGUUUAGAAGAGAAUGAAUAUCGAUAGACAAGACGACAUAAAGAGACUUAUUGGAUUUUUUAGAAAGGGAACCUAGACUCAAGACUAUGGAGGAAAUAAGUAUAGCAGCCAGGUAACAGACUGGUUACAAUAUUAUCAAUUAAAUGAGUGAUUCAAAAUGGAUAAGAAAAACAGAUUUUCAGACCAAAGCUCGCAAUUUGAAAGAGAUUUAUUAGAAAAUAAUCAAAAGUUAUUAUCUAGAAUGUAUAAGAUGUUAUUGGAAUAAGAAAAAGUCGAGCUGGUAAGAUCAUCAAUGAUUCAUUGGGCAACAGACAUAGGGCAGAGUAUAGAAUUUGACCAUUGGGAGAAAUUAUGGAAGAAAGAUUUAAAAUUUACUGCAUGUUAUGUGUUGAAACAGAACUGUUUGAAAAUGGUUCACACAUGGUAUUUAACCCCCAGUAGACUAGCUAAGAUGUACAAAUCGGAAUCAAUGUACGUUGGAAAUGUAAAGAAGUAGAAGGAACAUUCUUCCAUAUGUGGUGGACAUGCAAAAUAGUUAAAGGGUAUUGGGAAAUGAUAUACAAUGAGAUGAGAAAAAUGUUAAAAAAAACUUUCCCCCAAAAAACAGAGGCAUUCCUUUUGGGAAUGGUACAGGCAGAAAUACCCAGAUGUCAGGAAAACUUAUUUAUGUAUGCCCAUACUGCAGCUCGGAUUUUGUUGCCACAGAAAUGGAGGGUGAGCGAGGUUCCUAACAAGGAGGACUGGCAACUAAGAAUGAUUGAAUAUGCAGAGCUAGCAGGUUUAACUAGUAGAAUAAAAGAACAAGAGGACCAAGUAUAUAAAGAGAAAUGGAAAAAAAUUGUGGAGUAUUUGGAAAAUAACUGUAAAUAUGUGAAAAAUUUAGCAGGGUUAAGGUAAAUUCAACAGUAUAACAUAAAAUAAAGGCAUAAUAAAAGGAAAAGAGAACGAAAUUGCUAUAUAAGAAUAUGCAGAAAUAAUGGGGAAAUCAAAGGAACCAGGAAAAGGCAAGAAGGGAAGUCAUAAAUGUUUGUCUUAUUAUAAAGUAAGAUAUGAAUGAGGGAAAUGUUGAUUUCAAUGUAAAUGUGGUUCUGGAAACUGUAAUAAUGAAAAAAUAUUUUUUAAAUUUAUUUUUUUAAAAAUGAAAAUGUAGCUAAGAAAUCUUAUAUUAUCAUCUGCAAGGGGCCAAAAUGUGUUGUCUAACAGAUUGCAGCAAGGCAUGACCAUGCCAUCUAAGCCACAGACACACCACAAGAUCAAUAUCUCCAGAUGGCUCAAGCAAGUGAGCCAAGCCAUACUUGUAAUCCAUGGGCAUUGGCCAGUUUAAACUGGGACCUGUACAAGAUAAAUCCAACCUAGUGAGGAAUCCAAAGGAAGAGCACUUGGGUGCAUCUCCAUCCUAUUUACUAUCUAGUUCUGGUUGUCCUUGCUCCUCCAGAAGAAAGCUAAGGAUGUGGGAGCACGAAUCCCACGCAAGGGAGAGAAAAAAAGUCCAAACAACUCUUUUCCUCUUUUGGGAUCUCUGUGGAGUAACCGCAAGCAUCGCCUUAUCAGAGGUUGUGCCUCCCUUGUCCCCUACAUUGCAUUUUCUUUUGUGCACCCAGUGCAAGCAGAUCUGUGUGUGGAAACUUGUUUCUGCCAGCAGGUUUAAGACCAUAUCGAGAAGAUGAAGAUUAUCUUUCUGCUUCUGCAGGUGUUUGCGCGUGAAUCCAAAGGGCUUGGACGAAGAGAGUAAAGAUUACCUUUCGCUCUACCUGCUACUGGUCAGCUGUCCAAAGAGCGAAGUCCGAGCCAAAUUCAAGUUCUCCAUCCUGAACGCAAAAGGAGAAGAAACGAAAGCAAUGGGUACGCAGAGUUGGUGGCCGGUUCCUUGCGCUUCAGUUGCCGUUUAAACACAGGCAGCGAGAGCGAAUGAGAGCCCUGCUUGUGUGUCUCUUGGCUUUCCUUUUUCAAAAAAGAGCCCCCACUUGUUUAUAUAUUUCCAGAGAGUCAGCGAGCCUACCGGUUUGUGCAAGGCAAAGACUGGGGAUUCAAGAAGUUUAUUAGAAGAGAUUUUCUCUUGGAUGAGGCCAACGGACUCCUCCCAGAUGACAAGCUCACUCUCUUCUGUGAGGUAAGGAGGGGAAAACGACGCGAAACCUUUUCUUUCAUUUGGAAGAAAACCGCAGAAGGGCUGCAAAGACGUUUCUCAGCUCCCAUCGCAUGUCCAAUCCCUUUGUCCAUCACUCCUUCUGAACUGAGCACAGUAGUUGGAGUCGAAUGGUGACCCUGAGUGUUUUGUUUGGGAGAGGGCCUUUUGUAACUCCCUCUGUAAGGUGUGGCUUGGCUCGCUUGCUUGAGUUGUCUGGAGCUAUUUCUCUGCAAGCACCUUUUCUCGCUUGUGGCAUGCUGUCAUGUGAAUUACGUGGAUUAACCUGUGGAGGGGGAGGAUGAGGAAGCAGAUGUGUGACUAGAAAUGUAUAGUUCCAUAAAUCCGGGGGGAGGGGGAAUACUACCUUUUUUUUUGCCUUUAUGAAAUUUAUAAAACAGUUUUGUACAGCUUAAUUCAGAAGACCCACUCUUGUUUAGUGGAGCUUACUCCCCCGUAAGCAUGCAUAGGAUUGCAGCCUCAAAAACUAUCAGUGCGUUAAAGUGAAAUCUAAAACAUGUUUUCUCAUAAGUAAACCCCAUUCAGUGAACCUUGGCUCCUGGAUUGCAGUGUUGGUUUUGUACAUGCCCAAAGGGCAGUAGAUGCCAGGGUAUUAGUUUCUAGUAUCUCCACACUAGAUCAAAAUUUCCCAGAAGAAAGGAAGUAGCAAUUUACAAUGGUACCUUGUUUGCCAAACGGCUUGGCUUCCAAGCAAGUUGGCUCCCAAACGGUGCAAAAGUAAGUGUUCCAGCUUGCAAACAUUUUUUGGAAGCCGAACGUCUGACGCGGCUUCCGAUUGAGUGCAGAAAGCUCCUGCAGCCAAUCAGAAGCCGCGCCUUGGUUUUCGAACGGACUCCCGGAACAGAUUAAGUUUGACAACCAAGGUACCAAGAAAACAAAGGCCCCAAAUGGUCCUCUGAUGAAGAGGGCAGCACCUCUAGGAGUUGAAAUGUAUCUUGGGUUUGAGUGUCACAUACGUACACUUUUGCCAUGUUCUUUAGGUAGCCUUAACAUCAGAACCUUCAUGUUUCACAUUUUGAGUGAGUAAAAAACCUUGCCUUAAAAAGCAUUUGACUCGUGCCAAAAGAGAAAGCAACUUUUGAUGGAGUAUUGUCAGUGAUCUCCAACAUUUUCAGUUUUUCUGUAGGAUAGAUUGGGGGUGGGCGUGGUGGGGAGGGUCCUGGUAGAGCACAGUAGAGAAAAUCAUGUUUCUUCCAGGCCUUUGCAUCGCUCUGUGUGGGGCUUCUCCGUCAGUAGACAAGGCCUGUUCCCCGCACAGCAUGGGAUUCAUUCUUGGAAAGUAUCAGGCUUUUGUCAGAGAAAAAAGCUUUUGGAUCUGGCAAGCCAGAAGUUAUGCAUAGAAAUGAAAACUUGUGCUAGUUUUUGCUGAUGCCAGGAGGUUUUCCUGCCAUUUAGUGCCAUAUGCUCAGCGAAUUUUCCCCCGUUUCUUGCCACAGGUGCUUACAGCUGUGUUUCUAUUUGGCAGGAAUGCCAUUUGAGAGAGAGAGAGAGAGAGAGAGAGAGAGAGAGGUGUGUGUGUGUGUGUGUGUGUGUGUGUGUGUGUUUUCCCCUCUGCUGAGGCUCUCUAAGGAUUUGAUAACAUUUGGUGAGCUGGGAGACUGUUACCAGGGUUUUUAUUUAAAACUUGGAAUAUUGCUGAGGAAGAGGGUUUGUCUGUCUUAAAAAAAUAAAAAAUCGCUUUAGUUCUGCCAGGUCUUCCGUCUGUCAACCUGCAGCAACAUAGGCUGCAAGUUUGGCCUGAUCACAUGAGAUACUGGUACACCUGCUCUUGCACAGCCCCUGUUUUGCUGGCUAGUACCUGUGGAGCUGCCAGUUAGCUUACAUUGAGAUCCUUGCAGCAUCCGUUUCCAGUUUGAAGGGGCUGCUUUCUCAAAGAGGCAGGCACCCGAUUCUUUGUUUUCCAUGUUUGCACUGCAGGAUUCAGAGCAACUUGCAGCGUUCUCAGGAUCUCGGUUUUUGUUCAGUAAAAAAAACAGGGUUUGUUUUAAUUUUAAUGACUUCAGAGGUACCAGACACAAUCCACCCAACAUCUCACAACAUUUAAGUCCUGCUAAUUGUGAUGGGCGAGAUUUUAAAGCGCAUGCGUAACUUCCAUUGAAAUCACUGAUUCUUGAACAGUUCACUUUGGCAUUGUUUAUAAGGAUAAGUAACAUUUCAAACAUUCAACAUUUCCUUUGGGAUGCGGGUGGCGCUGUGGGUUAAACCACAGAGCCUAGGACUUGCCGAUCAGAAGGUCGGCGGUUCGAAUCCCCGCAACGGGGUGAGCUCCCGUUGCUCGGUCCCAGCUCCUGCCAACCUAGCAGUUUGAAAGCACAUCAAAGUGCAAGUAGAUAAAUAGGUACCGCUCUGACAGGAAAGUAAACGGCGUUUCCGUGCACUGCUCUGGUUCGCCAGAAGCGGCUUAGUCAUGCUGGCCACAUGACCCGGAAGCCGUACGCCGGCUCCCUCGGCCAAUAAAGUGAGAUGAGCGCCGCAACCCCAGAGUCGGCCACGACUGGACCUAAAUGGUCAGGGGUCCCUUUACCUUUAACAUUUCAAAAGCAGUAGUUUCAGAGGUGGGGAUUCAGAGCAGGCUUGCAAAUUGUAUUUUUUUAUUUUAUUUGAAAUUUUGCUGCCUGUCUCCCAUUGGAAAGCAGCGUCAGAGUGGGGCACACAUUUUAAAUGUGGGUAUUGUCAUCCAACAGGGAUGAUAACAAACCUCCAAUUGGUGCUGGAGUUUUGGGCUGUGAAAAUUUUCAGCAUGCCCUCAAGGCCUGGUAAGGCAGGGAUGGGGAAGCUACUACUAUUUCUGGCUGUUGGCCACGCCAACUGCAACUGAUGAGAGUUGGGAGCCUGUCAACAACAUCAGCUUCCCCUUCUUUCCCGUAAUGGCCAUGUGCUUGGAAGUCUUUUAAAAAUGGGCAAUAUGCUCAUUCCUGGAGGAUAAGUCACAUCAGAGGCAACCAGUCAUGAUAGUCAUAUGGUACCUCCAUGCUCCAGGGAUAUUCUUAUAUCACUUAAUUUUAAUUUUAAUUUUUUAAAUCACCUCCAAAAUAGCUUAUAACUCCAGGUGAGGAAGUUUGUGAACAUCUGAACUAGUUAACUUGAGCCUUCAUUUUUGAAAGACCUGGAGCCUGGGUUGUGCUCAAGGUUAAGGACUGAUAAAACAGAUGUAGGUGCGGUCAGGAAGGAAUCUGGCUAGUGACUCUGGCUGAAUCGAAAUGACUUCAUACAGUGGUAAUCUGCUGCAGUAUGUCUGUAAUUGCUUGGGAAGCUGGCCUGUGACACUCUGCCAAGCGGUGACAUUUAUUUUACUACACCUCCAUAUACCUGACAUGAAAUCAGGAGGAACAAGGAGGUUCAGGAAGAGCGUACAGAAGACUGGGCUCCCUGGCGUUGGUCUGUACCCCAUUGUAGGUUGCCAUAUAGUAAGUGUUCAUUGGUAUUCAUCUGUAGAGAGGUUUUUGUCGCUUGUGGCCUGAUAGCUUUGUCUUCUGGAGCCAUGUGGAGCUCGGCAGAUUUGUUUUCUUUGACAUCUCUGCUCCUUGCUUGCGGCACGUAGUGCCUUGGACCAAUCUGUAGAAAUGGAUGGCCCUGCCUUUUAUCCCAAAGGAGAGAACUUAGAUGAACUUCUGAUUCCAUUCAAAAUCUGUGGGAAUCCUUAGGCAGCCGUGCCGGUAUGUGGGUGAGAGCAGAGUUUAUUUUCAGUGCAUUGCUGUUUUUGUCUUAAACAUCCCUAACCAAGAGCAUCUGUGGGGUUUUGUUUCCCUCCACCCUACCCCACUGAACCUCUGUGCUCCUCCCCACUUUUUUUUAAAGUUCACUGUGCUGCUGCUGCUUCUUUUGUUAACCCCCUGUACUUCCUUGCAGGUGAGUGUAGUACAGGACUCUGUCAAUAUCUCCGGCCAGAACUCCAUGAACAUGGUGAAGGUACCUGAAUGCCGCUUGGCUGAUGAGUUGGGAGGCCUCUGGGAAAACUCUCGCUUCACAGACUGCUGCCUGUGUGUGGCAGGCCAGGAGUUCCAGGCUCACAAAGCCAUAUUAGCAGGUCGGUAUCGACAUGGGCGCGAGGCUUAGCAGGAUGGCGGAUGGACUGAUCAGGGACAAGCCGACUGCCUUGAUGAGUGUUUUGGAGGUUGCUUCCCUUCUUUUCCAGAAAGGGGCUCCAAAUAGCGGGUCCUAUAAGAUGGGAACAAUUGAUUUGACCGGGGAAUGAGGGGCAAUGGGAAUGUAUCAUAUUGAAACCUCAGGUUUAAAAACCCAUUUAAUGCUAUUGGGAGGGCGGGGAAGGUGCAAAUUGUAAAAACUGCUUUGCCAGAGGUCUUCUAGGACUUAUAUCAGGCAUGUCCAACUCCCAAGAAGACUGCAAUCUACUGCCACUAUAAAAAAAACUGGCAGUGAUCUACCCAUUAGAUUGACCAAAGUUGUUGGACAUUCCUGCUGUAUAUAAUGCACUUCUGUGGGAGCCCAGGAUAAACCAUUCAGCUUUCUUUCCUCCCUUUAGAAAGGCAAGUUUCUGUGUCUUACGACUGCAGAGAUAUACAGUCUUACCUUGGUUCUCAAACACAAUGCAUUCCGGGAGUCCGUUCGGCUCCCAGAACUGUUCGAAGACCAAAGCGCGGCAUCCUGCUGCCAAUCAGAAGCCGUUGAAGCCACGCCGGAUGUUCGGCUUCCAAAAAUUGUUUGAAAACCGGAACACUCACUUCUGGUUUUCGAUUGUUCGGGAGCCAAAACAUACAAGUUCCAAGGUGUUCGGCAACUAAGGUAUGACUGUACUUGAAAGUGUGAGGCAGUUCCUGCUGGAAUCCCAGACGGAUUGCUCAAUGCGAUUUCCGAGUAGUUUAGGAGUAUGCUCUCCUGUGUUCCCCCUCAGCUAGGCCCCUGCGUAGAUUUUUCACUUUCGUGCGGCUAGCAAAACCGGAAUGAGUUGUGACAAGCUUGUAAAAUUUGUUCAACUUGCAUAAUUCAUGCGUGUUGCAGAACCUAGCUUUUCUCGGAGCAGAAAGAUGUCUGCCUGGGAGCAGAACGUUUUUUGUCUCUCUUAUUAAGCAGAGGGUGCACAUGGCCCCGUAUAUAUUCUGCUCCAAGCCGGUUUAACCACCACGGCUCCCUGGAGGAAAACCCUCUGAACUGUAGUGGGAGGGAAUGGAGCCAAGAAUGUCUGUGAGUGGUCGGCACCUUCACAAAACUGCAAUUUUCAGAGCUGCUCUUGGGUGGGGGGUGGGCUGGGCUGAUGGAAAAGCUAGUUUUAAGCUGGUCUCCUUUCUCUAGUGUGCAUAAGCCCUUAGGAAGACAUUUGAUAACAUUUCUCUCAUGAUCGUUUUAUUUAUUUUUUACGCCCUGUUAUAUUGGUACCUUUAUUUGCAGGUACUGAUUGCAUGUGUCAGUUCCUCUCUGGAGAGGAAGGUUAUCUCUUCACAUAGUUUUAAUUGCAUUUUGUGGUGUUCUUUUCCCUCCUCCCCAAUCUCUCUCUCUUCUCUCUUGUGUUCCCCACCCCACCCCUCUGGCCGCAGCACGUUCUCCGGUUUUCAGCGCUAUGUUUGAACACGAGAUGGAAGAGAGUAAAAAGGUAAGUGGGCAGAGCAGCUUUCUGGUCGUGAGGAAGAGCCAUUUGCUGAUCUGCAGACUGGGAGAGAUAAUUCAGGAGCUGGAACAACUCUUGGUUCCCCCAGCAAGUAGCUGAAAAAUACUGCAGACUUUUGACCUCCACUUGCAAAGGUCUUGCUCAGCACAGAGGCUCAAAGCAGAAAUAAAAUACAUUGCUGUCAUGUGUCCAGGUUGGCAAGGCCUCUUGCUAUGGGAAGGAAUGCUAGAGAGCUGACAUUGUGAACUGUAUUUUAGAUAGAUAGGUCUUGACCGGAGGAAUGGCUGGGGAACAAGCACUGCCAAUGGAAACAAAAACCAAGUCGGGGAAUACCUUUAUUAGGCCAACCAAAAUAUCACACAAUAUAAUGUGCAAGCUUGCGAGUUCUCCAGAAACCUUCAUCAAUCUUGCGGCAUUUUGCUGGACCUAAUAAAGGCAUUGCCCUAAUAUGUAUUUUGGCAUUUACCCUUUCCAAUUUCUGCAUGAAAAGAAUUCACUGUAGGUGGACAUUUGCCUUCCAGUUUUUUAUAUUUCAGGGAGCCAGAGCUAGAGCCCUGGGUGCAAGUCCAAGGCUUGUUCAGUUGAGAAGCUUACUAGCUGAUGCCUUUCGUUCCAAGAUACACUGUCCCCACCAUUCCUCCCUUGCAGCCUUGUUGUGAAACUAAGCUUUGAGAGAUGGGCAUAUUGUAAACCACCAGGAACCUUCAAGACAGGCCAGAAAUGAAAUUUGGAAAGCACCGUAGGAGGAGUUAAUACUCCUGCACUGCCAGUGUUUUACAGUUGUGAUGGCAUUUAUGUAACAGUAAAUGCUGGCUUCUUGCCGCUGCCUGAGACAGUGGAACAGUGAAGUUUUAAGGAAAAGUCUCACCACGUUCUCUUCUGUAGUUGGAAGAGGCAAAGGAGACUGGAACAUUUCUGUUCCUUCUGCAUCUUCUUCCCCAAAUAUUUGUGUUCUCUCUAAAUAGUUCCACUUUGCCCCCCCCCCAAAAAGAGAGAUCUGGGGGAGGAGACCAACAGUUGGGUCUGUUGCCUGAGUGUCAGAAGAGUAACCCUAAUUUCCCCCCUGGUGCAGAAUCGAGUUGAAAUCAACGAUGUGGAACCUGAAGUUUUUAAAGAAAUGAUGUGCUUCAUUUACACGGGAAAGGCACCUAACCUCGACAAAAUGGCCGACGAUUUGCUUGCAGCUGCUGAUAAGGUACACAGGACGCUUGGCUGGCCGGCCGGCCGUUGACUUUUUUUCCCCUCUUGUGAAAAGGGAGGGGGGGACCAGCACAGAAGCCGGGGCUUCAACCUCAUUGUGUUUAUACUUCAUACCUAGGCCUUUGGUUUUGUGGGUUUUUUUAAACCAGAGGAGUUUUCGUCUCCUGGAGACGAAAUUGUGGGGAACUUGCUGGCAUGAACAUGCCAUUGGUGUCUUACCAGAUUCACUCCUGGGUCUUUGGGCACAGUUCAAAGAGAUUUCCUUGGCCCGCCCAGCCUAUUUGUAAGCUGUGGGUGGCUGUAUACUUGAGGCGGGCCACAUCCCACUGCUGUCAAGAGGUCCAGGGCCUGGUCAGCCAUGAGGCAUUGCUAACCCCUCUCCUCCUAGUCUGUCCCAUCCUCAAGGUGUUGACCUGCGAGAGGAGAAGCAGGGCCAAUAGAGACGAACUCUUGCUUCCUGAUCUUUGCAGGAAUGCACUGAAAGAUGAACAGUCUGCUGUAGAAGCUUCUAGGGUGAGACAGCAAUCUUUAGGUACAUCCCUCAUUGCGCAGAGAGAGGGGUGCCCUGCUCUGUUGAGAGCAGCGUGUGCCAUUCUUGUACACUGCCAUUUAAGUAAAUCACUAUCACCCCCUGGACCAGAUUAAAAGGGAUGUGAUGUCUGUCUGUGAAAUGUGACUUCACUGCCUCAGUGAAAAAGCCUCAGAGCCAGCCUCUCACAACUCCAGGAAUAUGGGGGUACCUGCAAGUUAAGGGCGCUAUGCUGAUGCUUCGAGGUCACAUCUUACACCACUGAAUUGUGAGGUUUUGUGCUGUUCCUUACCUGUGUGUGGCAGGUUGGGGCAAAAGGGCAGAGGUGAAGAAGCUGGGCUUCUCUGAAUUGGAAUUUCCAAUGCUUGGUUCAAGUCGUUAAUAGAAUCGCAGUGAAAAGCCCCUGCCGUAUGUAUGCAGGGAAGAAAUGUAGCACGGGGAAUUUAGGGUGGACUAUCGCAGUUUUAAUGGGGGGGGGUGUAGAAAUUUGUGCCUCCUUCACAAAAUCAAAAUAUACUACCAUGCAGCAGCAGAUGCCAAGUGAGUCUUGCACACUUGCCCAGCAGAAGCCCAUAUUGGCCUCUGGGGAUGGCUUAGUGGCAAGUUAAUUUUCAGCCCUGCCUAGCAACAGCAGUUCUCCAGCCCAUUGAUCAGACAGCAAGGUUUAGGGGGUCUUCAAUUGUGACUUUUUAUAUAGCUCUUCCCCACCCCCUAAUCCUUCCAGGGUGUCUGUAUAAGAACAGAAAGCAAAACCUUUUAUGGCAGCACAUGAAGCCUCUUAAUAUUUGCACAAGAGGCUUGGGAACAGCUUGUUCUGUCUUCCUCCAGUCUCUUGGGGAAAAUACGUAAUUAUACUAUAAACAAAACACAGUGCAUAUCCUAAACCCUGGAGACCUGCCAUUGGGCUCUUGGGUGAAGAUGCGAUUAGAGAGUUAGGCUUUGUCUUUCAGAAGUGUUUAUUGAGGAAGAUGGAAAAGGAUGUUGUUGUACCUAAAGAUCCAGACUCCAUUGACCUUUCGUCCAGCUGCUUGGGCUUGUGUGUUCUCUUUGCUGAGCCCUCCCAAGCUCUGCAAGCAGAAUUAAGUUAUGCAGAUUACCUACUACAAUUUACAUAAUUCUGCUUCUCCAGUUUGGCACUCGUUAUGUGUGUUUUUGGCAAAAGAACUUAAGAUAUCUCUUCGUUGUUUUUUCUCCCCAGCCAGAAGGCUUCAGACUUUGGUGAGAUAUGCUGACAAUUGCCCAGAAUAUGCAUCUCUCUUCCUCCCGAAUAUUGUGCUUCCAAACAUUACUACUGAAUAAUUGAAAAAUAAAAAUACAGUACAAUACACAUUGCGUGUAUCAGUGCUAUGCUAUAGUUACAGAAGCACUAUGCAAGACUUGGAAUGUUUGCUCCAACAAGGAGAAGACUGCUAGCACAGAGACUUUAUAGGAUUAAGGGAAGUGGAGCACCACGCCUACAAAAGCCAUUCAAAAUAGCGGUGCUAAAACCCACCUGUAGUGAGUUUUGCCACCACAGCACAGCCUCAUUUGGGUCUUCCUCUUUCAGGGCAAGCUCAUUUCAGUACCUCUCUGUACUCUUUUUUCUUUUAAGUAUGCUUUGGAACGCUUGAAGGUGAUGUGCGAGGAUGCUCUGUGCAGCAACCUGUCCGUAGAAAAUGCAGCGGAGAUCCUCAUCUUGGCUGAUCUACACAGCGCUGACCAGUUAAAAACUCAGGCGGUUGACUUCAUCAACUAGUAAGCAGGUUUUAUCCUUUCUCCCCCUCUCCCCUCAGAAUGUGGGGAAAUUGACAAAGUAAGAACCCUAGAGAGCAAAGCCCCAUUGCACCUCUUGUAUUUGUGUUCAAGCACUCUCAUAACCAGCUAAAAUUGGUGCACCAAAAAAACCCAAAUUAUUCCACAUCCUCUGUUUUGGUUUCUCUCGCUGGCUCAUCUACAGCUUCUUUUUUAUCAAACAUAAUUUCUUCCCUUUUUGCCCUUGUGCUGGAGAAUCAAGUAGUGGCUGUUGCAUGCUCCUCCUGCAAGGAGUGUGGAAGGCACUUUACUGAAAGGGCACUCUGCCCCACUGUUUUCUGCCAAGGGGGACAGUGGUAGCUCCAUUCAUAUUCUUUCUCUCUUAAGCAUCCCAAGAGAAACAAACAAGGAGCCUCGAAAGCAAAUCCUGUAAGAGAAGAGAAGACGGGUGUGUUCUGCAGUGGACAUACAGUGCAAAAUACCCUCUCUCUUUCUCUUUCUUGGAUGAAUUGGAUGUUUCUUUUAGAACUGCUUGAGUUCUUAAAGAUGUCACACCCAUUGCGUCUGAAUGGUGAGUUGCUAAAUGCAAAACCAGCACCUCUGACUUGGGGUCAAGUGGGGGGGGGGAAUAGCCCCUGAAGCAGCCUCGAUUCUUUCAGGCUAGGGGUCAGCAAACUUUUUCGGAAGGGGGCCAGUCCAUUAUCCCUCAGACCUUGUGGGGGGCCGGACUAUAUAUGUUUUUUUUUGGGGGGGGGGGAAUGAACGAAUUCCUGUGCCCCACAAAUAACCCAGAGAUGCAUUUUAAAUAAAAGCACACAUUCUGCUCAUGAAAAAACACCAGGCAGGCCCCACAAAUAACCCAGAGAUGCAUUUUAAAUAAAAGGACACAUUCUACUCAUGUAAAAACACGCUGAUUCCUGGACCGUCUGCGGGCCGGAUUUAGAAGGCAAUUGGGCCGGAUCCGGGCCCCAGGCCUUAGUUUGCCUACCCAUGUUUCAGGCCAAGGUAGUGUCAUCUUGCUUACAUUGCACCACAGAGUUUCUACAGCAGAUGAUAAGGCAUUUAUACAAGACAUAAAAGCAGCUGCUGAAACCCUAAAGUAGAAGUAUUGAUACGAUUGAUAGCUUGAGAACUUCCCCUUCCCUUCUCUGUGUUUUGCCUUUCACUGUCAACUUUUGUGUGCGUGUAUUCCCCCCAAACUGGUAACCUUGGCUCCUUUGUUGUUUGUUUCCAGCCACGCUUCUGACGUCAUGGAGACUUCAGGAUGGAAGUCGAUGGUCGUGUCUCACCCCCAUCUGGUGGCCGAGGCGUAUCGCUCGUUGGCCUCUGCGCAGUGCCCUUUUCUGGGACCCCCACGCAAGCGGCUGAAGCAAUCCUAAGGCCGGACCCCAUCGCACAACCCUGUGUGUGUAUGUGUGGCUUUUUAAACAAAGAAAAAACAUGGAAGUAGCAACAGAAGCAAGUUGCUUUUCCAAACCUUGACCACCAGGUAGACGAUGCAACCUGUGGAGCUUUUAACUCUGUUGUGGGGGUGGGUGGGUGGGGGAAGAGACUGCUUUGAGGCGUGCAGACUUUUAAAACGAAACAAAAAAUCAGCAGCAAAUAAACUUUGGGGCGAAUGGGAGGGGUGGACUUUGGGUUAAAGGGGACUGUUCAACCUAAUAUAUCCCUGUUGCUGCAAUGUCUGUGUGUUUCCCUUUUGACUUGGCCAAGUCAAGAACUUAAGGAGUUGGCCGGGUGCUGGCCUGAGACAACAGAUCCCAACAGUGCUAAAUGGAAUUUAAGGCGAGAGGAAAAGGGACGACGUUAUGGCCUCCGCAUCCGACAGCACAGAACAAGAAGUCGGGCAUGAUCAGAGCGCGGAGGACGCUCUCUUUUGUUCCGGAAAUGACAACGGGGUAUGUGGGGGUGGGGUGGGGAAUGAUUCUGCCUUGAUGAGAUGAAGCCCACUCACGGGAGCAUCCAUGGGAUUUGUAUCGGGACUUUUGGGAGAGGGAGAGACUCCCGGCCGCCGUGAAAUCCCUCCAUCCGCCUUCCAGCCAUGAGGCGACGACGGUCUCUCUCGGUAGCACUUGUGUACAUGGACGGCAAAAGCAAGCCCCUCUCACAAACUGGCAACUUUAAAAAAGUGAUGGGGCUGGUGUGAGGAUACGCUCCCUGGACGACUUGGAUAGGAUGGAGACAGCCAUGACCGGCUUUCAGGAACUGUUGGUGAUGCUCUGGACUUGGAAUUGGCUGUCCAAGAACGAUGGUUACCUGUUUAGAUAUUGUGGGAAUUUUUGUUCUUUUGGUAUCUCUCUUUUCCUGUUUUAGUUUACUUCCUCUGAACUCCUGUGAUUUCUUCACAUCCUUUUCUGUUUCGUUUUGUUUUUUAAAGAAAUUUUAUCGUUCAUGAACACUGUGUCAAAGGUUUCUUGUCCUGCGUUGCAAAAAUGAUUCUUAUCGAGUGUUUGUACCCAAUCCGCUGGUUUGUAGAAGAUUCUGGUCCUUCUCCGUUCUAAGCCGGUUUCCUUUUACAGGCAAGACGUUCCAAAAUAACUGGUAAAGCUUUUCUUUUUUUCACCCCCUUUCCUUUUCUUUUUGAAAAUAUAAUUACUCUUUUGUACUGUGUGUUGUUCUGUCUUGUCUUUAUGGCUUUCUUUCACUUUUUUUUAUAUAAAAAAAGAGAAAGACCUUUCCCCUCAAAUUCGUAUUUGGUUUA